GUGAUGAAUCUCUGCAUAUGCGGACUGAGAUUGGAUGAAAAGCAGCAACAGAUCCUUGUUUUUGUUUUUAAUUUAUGUUCACCAGCUUCAACCUAUUGGCAGGUAAAGGACUACUAUAGGCACCCAGACCACUUCAGCUCAAUAAGGUGGUCUGGGUGCCAGACCACCUUAUUGUGCCAGACCACCUAGCUUUAACCCUGCAGCUAAAAACAGCAGUUUCAGAUAAACUACUAUGUUUACACUGCAGGGUUAAUCCAGCCUCUAGUGGCUGUCUCCCUAAUUCAGCCACUAGAGGCCGCUUCCGCGAUUCUCACUGUGAGAAGUAAUGCUUUCCUAUGGGCAUUUUUUUUUCAAUGUUUUAUUUUUAUUGAGUUUUAGCAUGAGAAAAAGAACAGUGGGGUACAGAAAGGAAACAGGGGUGAGGGUGAAUGGUUACACUUUUUUAUAACACAUAAUUACAUACAUUGGGUUUUGGUCAUUUUAUACAUGUUAUGUAGUUCACGUAGUAUGCUGUACAUUAUUGUUCAGACAUUCUAACAGUGUUAUCUUUUUUGGUGGUGCUGUUGUUAACUUUCAGAUUAACCUCUUGAGUUAUGGAUGAAUACGUGGUACAUUUGUCUAGUGUGUUAAUUUGUAUAUGGGAACCGUGCUCCUGUUUGUAACAUGGGGAGGGUAGUAGGGGUUUAGGAGGUGGGGGGAAACAAAGGGGUAUUUUAACUUGUUGCUUAAGAUGUACUCUUAACAAAGUAACUUAGGAAACAAGAUAUGUGAGUGAGAUAUUUAACUGGGUAAGGGUGUGUGUCCCUUGAUGGUUAUGGCCUCUUAAACAAUGCUUGUGCCUGGUGGAGCAGCCUCUACUAGAUAGUACUUUUGAGGUUUUUCACCACUGUAUAGACUGUAUGCCAACUUGCCCAGUUAUUGGUAUAUGUUUCUGUUUGGCCCUUCAACUUGUACGCCAUACGUUUAUAAUCAACUAUGUUUUCAAUUCUAUUCCAGACCUCUAGUGGAGAUGGGGUGUGUUUCUUUUUCCAAUGGCUAGCUAUGCUAGUUUUUGCUUCCGUUAAUAGGUGUAUGAGAACGUGGUUAAUUUUGUCCGACAACAGUUCUGGGGACAAAUGUAGCAGAUAGCAUUCUGGUGUGUAUGGGAUGGUACGGUUUGUUAUCAACUCAAGAGCUUUCCCUAUCGUUAGCCAGAACCCUCUUAGUAGGGGGCAAUCCCAGAAAAUAUGCCUCAUGUUGCCCCUGUGGAGAUCACAUCUCCAGCAGGUAUGUGAGACUGAUGUGUACAUACUUGCCAAUCUGGUCAGCACUAAAUACCACCUCAUAAUCAUCUUACAGUAUGCCUCCCACUGUGACAGGCUAUGAAAUACCUUUUUAGUUGUUUGUAUUGCUUGUAACCAUAUUGGGAUAGGGAUGUUAAUAUUAAGUUCUGAUUACCACAUUUCCAUAUAUUUGUGUUUGUGUAGCGGAUCUUUGUCAUUUAUAGCUGAAUAGCACAAGGACAAAGGUUUUGCUUGCGGACGUUUCCCUAUCCAGUGUAGUCUAAAGCUUGUCAACUGUGAUUCCUCACAAUGAUGGGUUUGUAGAGUAUGGAGAAUAUGUUUAAUUCUAAUAUAUGUGAACACGUCUUUGGAGGGGAGUGCAAACUCCUUCUGAAGAGUUGGGAAUGGUUUUAGGCCUUCCUCUGUAUACAGCUGUGAUGUUGAUAGUAUACCUUUUUGUCGCCAUGGUGUCAGAUUGAUAUUAUCAGAAAGCUCCGUGACUGUUUGUAUGGGGGCAAAAUAUAAAAUGUUGUUUGUACCUAUGAGUGAACCAGACCAUUGCCUCCAGCUUUUUAUUAAGAAUCUCGUGCUGUUCAAUGGACAAGUUUUGUUUGUGUCCCAUUUCGUAAAUGAUUGUAUGGUAGAUUUUAUUGUGUGGGGGUGGAUGCAAGCAUUUUCUAGAGAUGCCCAUAGUGGAUUAGUGGUGCGGGAUAGUAUCUCCAGCCCCUGAGCUAAGACUGCUGCCCUGUAAUAUGCUCUAAUGUUUGGGAUGCCCAGUCUGCCUUUAGCUGGGGAUAGCCACGUUAGACGUCUAGCUAUUCUUGGUGGUUUAUUUUUCCAAAUGUGUGCGUUGAAUAUGUUUUGGAAUCUAUGCAGUAGUUUGUCACUUAACGCUAUGGGUAUGGUGCAAAAUAAAUAUAAGACAUGGGGCAGUGCCAUCAUUUUAACGGUGUUCACUCUACCACGCCAUGAUAUUUCCAAAUCUUGCCAUUUAUCUAAUUGUGCCUGUAAUUUGUGGGUCAUCGGGAUGUGGUUUUCUCGGGUCAGUUGAGGGGUCGACUUGUUCAGAUUUAUUCCCAAGUACUUUAGGGAGACUUUACUCCAAUCAAAGAGGUGAUGUAAUUUGAGUGUCUGCAAUGUGUGGGCAGGAAUGCUGAUAGGCAGUGCUUGUGUCUUUUUAAGGUUGUUCUUGUAGUAUGAGACUUGUCCAUAUAGUAGGAGUAGAUUCAUCAGGUUCAGGAUGGAAUUUACUUGGUUUGAGAUGAAUACGAGCACAUCGUCUGCAAAGAGAGCUAGUUUGUGGAUCCCGGCUGGGGUGCACAGGCCCUCUAUCCCUGGAUUGUGUUUAAUGUGGUGUAUAAGCGGUUCUAAGCAGAGGAUAAAUAGCAGUGGCGACAGUGGGCAUCCCUGGCACGUACCAUUACUAAUAUGGAAUUUGUCUGAUAGGAAACCAGAGUUGAAGACUUGCUGAGGGAGACUGGUACAGAGCCUUAAUUCCCCUCAAGGUAUGAUGUGUAAAUCCCAUUUUGAGCAGUGUAGCCUCCAUAUAUGUCCAGCUCAGGCGAUCAAACGCCUUCUUGGCAUCUAGCGCAAGAACUACACCUGUUUGAUUGCUGGUUUUGGCCCAAUUGAUUAAAUUGAUAAAGUGUCUAGUGUUGUCCCCUGCUUGUCUGCCGGGGACAAAUCCCGCCUGUUCACCAGACACCAAACCAGUGAGGUGGUAGUAAUAGUUAGAAAGCCUGUCUGGGCCAGGCGCCUUAUGUUUAGGCAGGGAUGGAAUGACUUUAUGAAUUUCAUCUUCUGUGAAUGGGUCAUCUAAUUAUUAGCACGCUUGUCGUGAGAGUUUAGGCAGAGAACUAUCUUUCAAAAAGGCUUCAAUGUCUUUAAUAUUGGGGUGUGGUAUUGUGGAGUCGUUUUUCAGAUUAUAUAGCUUAUCGUAGUAGUGUGCUAAUUCAUUGACAAUGUCUAAGAGGUUGUAUAAUCUACCUUUCGUGGGAGAUUCAAUGUAGGGAAUUUUGGUUUGUAGUUGUCUGGUUUUCAAUCUGUUGGCCAGUGCUUUGCCCACUUUGUUCCCUUGUGUGUAAUACCUGAUUUUGAGGGAUCUCAUCCAUCUUUCGGUGGUUAAGAGUUCCAGGGCGUGUAACUCCCUCUGUAUGUCAAUGAUUUGUGAUGUCAGUGUUUUUGAUGGGUUGGAUUUGUUUUGUGUUUCAAGGGAUAUAAAUUUUUGCUGUAAGAGCUUGUGGUUAUCGUUUGUACUUUUUUUAUGUUUGGAUCCUUCUCUUAUGAUUAUGCCUUGCAGAACCGACUUGUGUGCGAACCAUAUAGUUUGAAUCAGGAUGGAGUCUGAUGCAUUAAGGGUGAAAUAUUCGGACGCUUUUCUAGAUAUGAUGUCUAGCACCUGUGAGUCGUCUAAUAGGCUCUCGUUAAGUCUUCAUUUGCCUCUGCCCCUUGCUUGGUGGAGGGACCUGAAGGUAAUUGUCAGCGGAGCGUGGUCUGACCACGUCCUCUGCCCUAUCUGUACCUCAUCCAUGUUAACUAUUCUUGAGUUUGUUCUAUGUAUCUGUGAGAAGUAGGUGUAAUCUUUCUCUUUCGGGUACAUAGACCUCUAGGUGUCAUAGAGGUUGUUGUUAAACAACAAUUUGCUUAAUUCGAUGCUGUUUGCGCUUGCGCUUGUGGUAGGGGGCUUGUUGUGUUCCAGUUUAAUGUCGAGUUCAGGGUGCAAUUGAAAUCCCCACAAACAAUUGUGUGGCCCUGUCUUAUUUUAUCUAUUUGUUUCAGGAUUUUGCAAAUUAACGCAAUUUGGGCCUCAUUAAGGGCAUAUAGUGAGACCAGUGUAAUCAUCAUAACGUUUAGGUUCCCUACCAGGAUCAACAGUCUACCUUCCUUGUCUGUGUAUAUUCCAGUUUCCUAGAAAACACAAUCUUUGUGAAAAAGAAUGGCGACUCCUCUUGAUUUAUGAGGUGAGUAGGCAUGGAAUGCUUGGGAGUAAAGGUUGGAGUAUAUUUGGGGGGGUUUGCAGGUGCAAAAAUGCUUCUCCUGGAGACAUAUAGCUGCCGCUUUUGAUUUGUGCAUAUCUUGAGUGAGAAGGCGUCUCUUGUGUGGGCUAUUCAGACCCUUCACAUUGAGGGAGUAAAUUUUAAACGUUGCUAAUGCCAUUGUGGUGUAUGAGUGUAUAAUUGCUUUAGUAAUUCGUACCAGUGAGCCUGGUUAUGUAGACCCGGGGGUUUGUGGACUUUUUUAGCAUGGUGGCUAUGGUUGGGUGAAGGCUUACCAUACCAUUGCUCACUAUAUCCGUUUAGUGGCUGUACCUCAGAUUGGUGGGUGGAAGUGUUGCUCGGGUAUUGAAUGUGAGGAUCACCAAAACACAAAGAAACUUUUUGAUUUGGAUGAUGUUACCACCAUCCAAAUCUAAAGUACUUAAAGUGAGUGCAGCGCUAUAUAAGUGCUUAGGUAAGUGUAUAGUGAACACACUUACCUAAGCACUUAUAUAGUGCUGCACUCACUUUAAGUACUUUAGAUUUGGAUGGUGGUAACAUCAUCCAAAUCAAAAAGUUUCUUUGUGUUUUGGUGAUUGUCUAUGUGUGGUGGGUAAUUAGGAGUACCCACAGAGUGUAUACAGCAGCUGUACUAGAUUUCUUUCUAUUUAUAACACAGAGCGCCAUUUAUUCCACAUUUUUUGUGUAUAUUCAAUUUAUUGAAUGUGAGGAGUCUUAAUUUGAGCCCGUGUGGUGUGUGGAUUUUGUGUUUGGGACAUCAUGUGGUACAUAACAUCAAGGAACAUCAUUAAGCAUGUUAACACAUAUUUCAUAACAAGAAUCAAACUAAAAAUUAAAUUAAAAGGGGAAAAACUUAGGUACUCCUCCAUAGUGCGCAGGGAUAUAGUUUGCCACAUGGGAGAUUGCCAUCUCUCAAAUUUGGGCAAGGGGGGGUUGAGAGUCUCCACCGAAAUUAAGCCUUUAUUGGGAAAUUAAAUCGGUGAGCCAUCCUGUUCUAGGGGAUUUAAGCUUCUCAAUACAAGUAUGGUUCCAGGAUUGCUUCUGUUUUGCCUUUGUGCCAUAUUAAUAAUUUAGUCGGAUAUCCCCAUCUAUACGGUAUUUGGUGAUUGCGUAGAGUCUUACUGAUGUUGAUAAAUUCCCUUCUUCUCGCCAUGGUGGCUGCUGAUAAGUCGGCAUAGAUACUGACUCCCUGGUACGGCUCUGGGAGCUGUUCCAUCUUCCUCGUUGCGGUCAGGAUUGCUUCCUUUGAUUUGUAAUAGUGGAAGCGUGCGAUGACAUCUUUCGGCGUAUCCGCCAUGAAUCUGGCCGGUCUAGGGAGUCUGUGUACUCUGUCCAGUGUCCAGGCCGCAGCCUCGAGCUGUGGUGCCAGAAUGGAACAUAGGGCUUGAGGUACUGUGGGAGGACCUCUGUGGAGAUAGUGUCAGCUAUCCCCCGGAAUCGGAGGUUGUUCCUGCAGGAUCUGUCCUCCAUGUCUGCCACUUUCAGUCUCAGGGCUGAUUGUUCUUCUUCUAACUUUUGUAGCUGGUCCACUACCUCGUUGUGAACUGAGCAGAUUUCCUCCGUUCUGGUUUCCUCCGUUCUGGUUUUCCCUAGCUCUUGGAUAUCUCUGCGGAUUUCUUAUUUGCUUAAAGUCUGACCUGAGAGAUUGUUUCAGGUCUUGCAGCAUGUUGUGAAGGCUGUGGUUGGUGACCAGAGAUUCUCCGUGGGGGAUUUGCUCUAUUUCCUCGGCUACCAGAUUUCCUGUAUCCAGAGAGUCUGAGCUAGUUGCGUCGCCAUCUUGUUUUUGCCGCAGGCGAUCUUUUUUGGUGGUCCGGAUCCGUUAUUUUAAGCUGUUUGGAUGGUACCAUUGGGGAUGUAGUGGCUCCCAGAAUAAUCACUAUUUAUGCGUUGUCGGCUCGAUCUUUGUAGCUGUAGGCUCGGUGGAUUGCGGAGCUCUCUUUCUGUGCGACUACUCCAUGCGGUCGCAGGCCACGCCCCCCAUGGGCGUUUUUAAUGCGCGUGUGGCUCUGGCCGCUCAUGCACAUUCGGCCCAACUCGGGAGCCAACUUCGGAGGGAUAGGAGAUGUCACCAGCGCCGAGGGAGACCGGCGCUCGAUAAAGGUAAGUGGCUGAAGGGGUUUUAACCUAAUGACCCUAUAGUGCCAGGAAAAUGAGUUUGUUUUCCUGGCACUAUAGUGGUCCUUUAAGUACCAUUGGUUGGUGCACAUAGUUGGGGCCCAUUAUAAUUAUGAACCACAAUGGAGCUUGGGUUAUAUUGAAAUCUUCCACAGGUCAGUAAAACUGGAGAUCAAGGUCUUUUGAUUGUGUAAGCAGUUUAAAAUUUUAGGUUUAAAGUUUUAAGUUUACCACUCAACAGUCUGCAAUCCAAUUGGUUCAGGAAGGGGAGCGCCUGCUCUUUUAACAAUUGCUAGGAUUCCUACCCUAUUUAAAGCAAACUCUGCUGCAAACAGCCCUGUAUCUUGGACUGGUUACAGAUGUCUGCUGGAAUGCUUUUCCAGGAUGCUCCAGCACUCCUCUGAACAUUAGAUCAAACAGGCCUUAAUCCCCUGCUUAGUUGGUAUCUUUCACUUCUUGCAUCCAGCUCUGAACUCCCCUGUAACUCAAAUGAAGUCUUGAAUAUAUUCAGCCAUGUGCUCAAAAGCUCGCCAUCUACUGGCCACUACACAAAAUUGCAAGGCAGAGAGCAAUGCAUGCAAGGGGCCAGUCAUGAUGCUCCCUGCCCUUCUUAGAUAAAUCCACGAUAGCAAGCAAUAUUCACUUUCUCUAUGUAUGCAGGUAAAUAUUAACAUUUGCCAACUUUUUUUGAGAAUGGGCUGUGAGUCACUUCAUAAUUUGCGUUGUUGAUCCUAGCAAUAUGUAAAAUUUCCAUUCUUUCUUUUAAUAGCUGGUAGUCUGGUUUACUGCCAUAAUAUAUUUUUCCUAAUAUGUAGUAAUGCGUUUUGUAGGGUUCAUAUUAACUAUAAUCUGUUAUAUUUCUAGGGAUUGACUUUAAAACAAAGACAAUUGAAAUUGAUGAAACUUCAGUAAAACUCCAGAUAUGGUAAGAUUUUCCUUUCCAUUUGUCAUCUGUGGCCAACAUUAUGCUGCUUUCCGAUUAGUAACCCUUUGGCGUUGCAGUUUCUAUGCUAUGAUACCUGUACAUUGUCAUAUACAUACAUAUAAUACAUAUCAGACUUUUUUCCAUUAGGCAAAUAGUUCAUCAAAUGGAAAAAAUAUAAUUUGCGAAUGUGAAUCCUGCCCAAUGCAUUCGGUGCUUGUUAAUUGUAAAAUCCGUGCUUUGUGAAUCCUCUAAUUCCUAUACUUUGUUAGUCUAGUAAGUCUCGUGGCUAAAAAUACCAACUAUGUUUAUUUUGCUGGUACAUAUUGUUACUUUUUAAACCAAAAAACAUGUAGGCACUAAUAUAAUCUAGAGUGUUUACAAAUGCAUUAUUUCACAACUUAAAAUGGGUCUUCGCUAAAUUUUAAAAGUGAUGAUAUAUUACUUGACAAAGACUCUCUAAUGAUAUGAAAAUCAAUUUGGGAAAUCAGUGUUGAAUUAGUCUGAAGUCAUUGAGCAAGCUGAGCAUUCUUAGCAAUAAUUGUGUAAUGAGUCAUGUUGCAUUGCAAACUUAGCACAACUAUACUAAAGCACAAGUAAGUCUGUAACCGAGUAAACUUGCAGAAGCCAGACACAGAGAGAUGGAUGCAGGUUUUCAGGAAGUAAGAGUUCUUUAUUAACAUACCGAUCAGGACUCAGAUGAACUAACGUUCCAAAACAGGUCUGAGGGCCGAACACAUGGAGUACAUUCUUUUUAUAGAACUAUAACUCCUCCCAUUAAUAGCUCCACCCACACAUACACUUAACCAAUUGGUGGACAGGAUUUGGAUUUCCUCAUAUGGGCAGACCACAUGGCUCAUCCGAAACAAAGGAGAAAGGAAUGUGAUUUCAGUUCCUGCAUUUCUGCACAUGCUCAGUACAUUGAUGACAGUAUCUUAGCUACGUGUAACUAACUAACUGAUACAACAUACACAUAUGCCACGUGGAAAUCUCUGCCUACUAAAUUUACAUUUCACCGAAAUUCCAUCACAUUCCCCCCUUUGAUGCCUCUGAUACAAAAUUAUUCCAGAUGCAUCACCAAUCAUAGUUUACCAACACCUCUCAAGUUGCCAUGGACCAGAACAGACCUUGUAAGCAUCUUAGCAUCAUCACAAACUCCUUCAGCAUUCCUCAUCCUGAAUAUGUUCUCUUUGGGCUAGGGAUUCAAAUCUAUAGACAGCCAUUAGAUGAGCAGCUGUCUUUCUUUCUAUAGUACUCUCUAUGAUACUACGUAUAGAUCUGACCACUAAUGGAAUUAGGCAGGGCAGAAAGAGACUAAAGAAUAUAAUGAAUACUACUCCUCCUACUAACGCCUUAAUCCCUCCAAGCUGCUCAUACCAACUUCCAAACCAACUACUAGGAUUAUACCCAUUCCAGACCUGAGUAGGUACAUGCGUCAGUUUAACCAUGUGGCUUGUAAGUUCAUCCACUGCCCGCCCUUCAUCAUCUAUGUGCAAACAACAGUUGUUGAGAUUAGACUUUCCGCAUACACCUCCCUCUACUGCUAAUAGGUAGUCCAGAGCUAAUCUAUUUUUAUAGAUGGCUGAUCUCAUCCUAGUAUUUUGCUUAGCUAGAAGAUUAAGUGCUUGAGCUGUCUCACUAGUGAUAAUCUCAACCACCGCCUGUAGUCCUAUAAUACGGUUGGGCAUAUAUAUUGGGGUUCUAUAUCCAUAGGUACCAUCUUCUGCCCAAGUAGCAGGUCCAUAAUAAUUAAUAAUGCAUUGGGGAGGCCACUCAUCAUCUUCCCAGCUACCUAUCUUCAAGGAUGCUCGCUUCUUUUUAUGAUUUACAUCAUAAACCUUAACUCCCAAGGUCUCUCCUGUCUCAAUUGGCAACAAGAAGAAGGAUGGUUUGAGCAUACUUAACACACAUGCCCCUUCCCAAUCUUGUGGUAACUCUGAAUAUGCGUUCUUACCACAGAUCCAAUAUAAAUUCGCUGGGGCUUUCCAAUUGGAUGUAGCAGAUAAGUCAAACCAUACCUCUUUUAAAUGUGUGUAAUUGACAAACGGAUUAGUAGGCUCUGAGACAUUUGAAGCUGACCACCAAGUAGUAUCUUUAGUAUCGGCAUUAUAGGCCUUCUGUCCUAGACAUGUUAACUCACCAACGGGUGUGGUAUACAAUGGCCCUUUCCUGGCUAAACAUUUUAACCGCCACUCUGAUUUACCUCUAGUACUUACUUGAUGAUCAGACUGAGAAAGUAUUUGUUGUUCAUCUGUCUCAGAACCAGGGUACAAUACUUCCUUUGCCUCCCAUGGCCACUGGUCUCCCAUAUUAGUACCUCCACAUACAAAGCAAUUAGUUACAUUAAGACUACCCGCAAUACUCUCAGCCAAAUCAAUAAAUAGGUUCUUAACAUUAUGGGGAAUUUUAUCCUCAACACUCAUCUCCUCAUAGAAGGAAUGAAAAACCUGAUGAGUUUGAUUUGCUAUCAUCUCAGUUUCAAGUCCUACAUAUAUUAUGGUCACUGGAUCUACUCCUGUGCCAUAUAUUUGGAACCCAAAUAGAUUUCCAAAUUUAUCAAUAAAAUGUUGUGGAUUAGAUAUGGUCAUAUGGACAGGAUUACAUUCCAUAGACUUACAGUAUGGUGUAGUGGGCAUCCUUUGGAUAAUCAUAUCUUGAUCCACUGUUUUUCACCCUACACAAGACCAAUAUGGACAAAAAUUAAAAUCUCUAUUUGGGCAAUCAGGAUCAGUAGAUCUUUUACUGGGACAUAAAUAUUUAUCAUUAAACCCAUAAGUUCGUUCCCAUGUAAGAUUACCACAUACAUUCCAAGGUUUUCCACUACCCGAGAUCGCCUUACAUGCAUCAAAUAGUAGAAUGCCCGUAGAAUGUAUGGUAUUUAUCACAGUCCUAUUUAUCAAGGUCCCCUGGGAGUUACUGUACCGAAUUACCAACCAAAUUGUAUGGUGUUGGAAUUGGGGAUCAAAACAUUUAAGCUCUCCUGAUAUUGGUUUGCACACACUGUAAUCUAUAUCUAAAUAUCUACACUUAGAUACAGAUCCCCUACACUCAUACUGUGAGUGCCAAAUGAGAGUUUGGGAUAGUUGGUUACCUGUUUUCGUAGUCUUAAUGCAGCUAACACAACUCUGUAUGUCCUCACCUUUACCUUCCUGAAAAAUCACAAAAAUGCCUAAACACAUAAUAUAACAUAUUAUUUCAGAAGUCCUCAUUUCUACUCUUCGACUGUGCAACGGCACCUCAGCUUCCCGAUUUUGAGGGCUGCAAGGAUUGUCAUUCUUCUGAUCCUCACUUUUCUUCACAGAGGUCCCCUCGAGACACUCUGGCUAUGACAUGUAGGUAGGUGGUCAGGCUUUAUUAUGGCCGUCAAAAUACCUACUUGCUGAUAUCUGUUGUUACUUUAAACUAGGAUGUCCCAAUAUCUCCUCGUAUUAUUUCUCACUCCGACGUAGUUACCCACUUUAACCGGAUCUUGCAAGGAUUUUCAGGAUCUGGAAUAGCUUGCUAAGAAUCUGCCGCUGGUUUAACCCUAGAAUGAUGAAUCCACCGAAUCACUUCUGCCACUUUUACAGCUGUUGGAGUAGAUAAAAGAACAACAUAAGGACCCCUCCACUUUGGACCUAAUGGAACAAUAUUCCAUUCUUUUAUCCACAUUUGAUCUCCUGGUUGAUAGGAAUGAACAGGUGGAUAUAUGUUCACAGGUAACCUAUCUUGCACCCAUUUCUGUACUUCCUCCAUAGUUUUACCCAACUCUACAACCUGCUGCCGAGUAAUUCCUUCACCCAACUGAUUCAAGUCCCCCCUUAGAUUACUGAGUAUGGGAGGUGGACGCCCACACACAAUUUCAAAGGGAGACAGACCCAUUCUUCUGGUAGGAGUACUACGUAUCCGCGUAUUCCACUUGAGCUGAGUUUCCUGACACAUUUUAGCCAAUUGGGUUUUUAUUGUUCUGUUCAUCCUUUCCACCUUUCCAGAACUCUGAGGUCUAUAUACUGUAUGAAGUUUCCACUUAAUACCAAGCACAUGAGUCAAUUGUUGUAAACACUAAUGGAUAAAGUCUUUUUAUAAGUUUCUACUUGAUGAAGCCUAUUGUGGCGAAACGCGUAUAGGAACUUUUUAUAUAAUCUAAGUGUUAAUAAAGGAAUAUUUGGCUAUUAUACAUUUGGUUGCCACAUUCCUCUUCCCACCUUAGUAUUAUAUUAAGUAUAAUUUUAUCAUUUUACUAUUUGCAAGUUUAUUUUAUUCAGACCUGACUACUACUACUUUUUUGUCCAUAUUGGAGUACCAAGAAUCCUAAGGUGGGGAUUAUACCACCCAUACUCCAUCCACCGAGCACUGGACUACUCCACCAAAGUACUCUGCUAAAGAACAAAAAAGGAGCAACGUAUAUCCUUGAGUGGGGAUUAUUCCACUACGUGCCAUUUACACCAGAGCUGGAUAUAAGCUCUGAAUAUUGUGAGUAGUUCUACUAUUCUAUAUACAAUAUUAUUUUACCGUUCAUACUAUACCAUUGGAGUUUCCCUUGUCUUCUGUUUUCUUCACAUAUCCAUUUUGAAGCUGCGGAUAUACAUCUGGGACUUCACAUACCAUUUUAUGUAGCACUAGGACUACCUCCUGCAUAUGUGGAUUAUUUAUAUUCGGACUUUCUAGGUAUCGCUGCUUGGACUCUCUGAUACAUAUUUUUAUACAUUCAUUCUACUUGUCUUAGGCGCACCCUUAUUUGUGCUUUUCUCUCCAAAGGCUGGACCAUUGUCUGAUCCGAUAGAACACGGAAGUCCAUAUCUGGGUAUAACUUCUCGCAACAGAAAUCGUACAACUUCUCCUGCCUUUUAUGUACGAGUUGGACAAGCUUCUACCCAACCUGAGUAGGUACACACAGCUACCAACAAGUAACUAUAUAUCCCAGAUUUAGGCAUUACAGUGUAUCUGCAAAUAUAUAUUGAACUCCAGAGGGUUUGACAGGACCUUGUCUUGCAUUGUUUUGAGCACACAAAACACAUCUUGGUAUGUAGAAAUGUUUCCUGAGAGAUUCUUCCAUACUAUCUCUUCCUGAAUGUGUACCAUUAUGAAAGUUCUGAACAAUCUCUAUAGCCAGAGAUGUUGGAAUAACUAUUCUUCCAUCUUCUAACUGAUACCAAUUAUUCUCCAAGUAUUUUCCAGCUACUUCAACCACUCCAUCUCUUGGGUUGUAUAUAUCGGAGUCCAUUGAGACAGAGGUGCCGGCACAAGGGCAGCAACAUACCCCACAUAUUCCUCUUGCCCGGAUUCAGCGGCAUAUUUUGCUGCUCUAUCGGCCAUGCGAUUUCCUUUUACUACAUCACUAUCACCUUUCAGAUGUGCCCUGCAAUGUAAAAUACAGACUCCCUUCGGUUCCCAUACCGCCUCUAAUCGUUGGAGUAUUUCUGCUGCAUACUUGAUUUCUUUCCCUUCUGAAUGCAACAAUCCCCUUUCUUUAUACAAUGCUCCAUGGGCAUGGGUGGUUAGAAAAGCGUAUUUCAAAUCUGUGUAAAUAUUCACUCUCAGCCCUUCAGCUAAUUGCAAGGCCCUUGUUAAUGCAAUCAGUUCCGCCUUUUGUGCUGAUGUCCCUUUUGACAGUGGCCAUGCUUCUAUCACCUUGUCUGUGGUUGUUACCGCAUACCCUGCAUAACGUAUACCUUCGUUCAUAUAACUACUACCAUCUGUAUAAUACUGUAUGGCCGGAUUCUGGAUGGGGAAAUCAUGAAGAUCAGGCCUGCUUGAAAACACUUCAUCCAUUAUCUCCAAAUAAUCAUGUUGAGUUUCAGUAGUCUGGGGCAGAAGGGUAGCUGGAUUCAAAUUAUUGACAGUCUCGAGGUGUACUCUCGGAUUUUCACAUAACAUAGCUUGAAAUUUGGUAAUUCGACUGUUGCUAAACCAAUGAUUUCCUUUGUAAUCCAAUAGGGUCUGUACUUCAUGGGGUACUCGCACAUAGAGUUCCUAACCCAAUGUGAGCUUUUCAGCUUCUGCUACCAACAGGGCAGCGGCAGCCACUGCUCACAGACAAGGUGGAAGACCACUGGCCACUGCAUCCAACUGUUUGGACAUAUGAGCUACAGGUCUUUGCCAUGAUCCCAAAUACUGAGUUAAUGCUCCCACAGCCAUUCUUCUUUGCUCAUGUACGUACAGAUAGAAAGGACGCGUGUGAUCUGGUAGACCUAGGGCUGGGGCACUCAUAAGUGCUUUCUUAACAUCCUCAAAUGCCUUCUGUUGUUCAGAGGUCCACAAAAAGGGGUCAUAUUCUGUGCCUUUCACAGCUUCAUAUAGAGGUUUCGCCAGUAUCGCAUAAUUAGGAAUCCAUAUCCUACAGAAUCCUGCUGCUCCUAAGAAUUCUCGCACUUGUCUUCUAUUCUUAGGUUUAGAUAUCCGACACACUGCUUCUUUUCUUUCAGGUCCCAUUAUUCUUUGACCUUCGGAAAUAUGGAAUCCUAAAUAUUUAACAGUUGACUGGCACAACUGCGCUUUCUUUUUUGAUACCUUGUCUCCUGCUCUCCAUAGAAUGUGAAGCAAAUCAUAAGUUGCUUGUUGGCAUAUCUCUUUAGUAACAGACGCUAUCAAAAGAUCAUCCACGUAUUGAAGCAAUACACAUUCUCCUGGGAUGGACUUGAAAUUUUGCAAAUCCUGGCUUAAUGCAGAUUCAAAUCGGGUAGGUGAAUUCUUGAACCCUUGAGGUAGUCUGGUCCAGGUCAUCUGACGCUUUGAACCUGUAACAGCAUCUUCCCAUUGGAAAGCAAAGAUACACUGACUCUCAGCAGCAAUCCGAAGGCAAAAGAAAGCAUCCUUAAGGUCUAGAACUGUGAAGUAGGUUGCCCCACCUGGUAUCAAAGCAAGUAGAUUAUAAGGGUUGGGUACAACUGGGUGUAUAUUGACUACUGCAUCAUUAACUGCUCUCAAAUCUUGUACAGGACGAUAUUCAUCUGAUCCUGGUUUCUGAACAUGUAAUAAUGGAGUGUUCCAGGGGGAAGUACAGAAUUUUAGGAUGCCAUACCUUACGAACUUAUCCAAGUAGGUCUGUAUGUUUUUCUUAGCCUUUUGAGGUAUAUGAUACUGACGUAAGCUCACAGGAUAGGCCCCAAGCUUUAGUUCAAUAUGUAUAGGUGGAAUAUUACGAGCAAGCCCAGGUGGAUUAUUAUCUGCCCAGACUCCUGGAAUGUCAAAUAAAGGUUCAUCACUCUUAGGGUUUACACUUGUCAUUAUGGAGUAGAAGCGCCAUUCUUCUUCCCUUGGCACUGAUACCGCCAUUAUGCCUGGUAAUCCAUUAAAUCUCAGAGACGUUGAUCCAUUGGGUAGAACAGUUAUCUGGGCUUGAAGCUUCGAUAAUAGAUCUCGUCCUAGAAGUUGAAUUGGACACUCUGGCAUAUAUAGGAACUGGUGCUUCACCAAAUGGCCUCCCAGAAUGCAAGUGCGACUUUUAAGAACCGGUCUAGCUGCGCUUCUCCCAGUAGCUCCUAUCACAGUUAUAGUUUUUCCUGAAGGCGGAGCCACCAGUUUAGUCACCACGGAAUGUUCAGCACCAGUGUCAAUCAUGAAAGAACUUCUCUUUCCCCCCAUUGCUACAUCGACCAUAGCCUCUGCUCGGCCAAGGGGGAUGAAGCCCGGUCGGUAUCAAUAGUCUUCCAUGAUAGUGUCAGCCAGACCCACAAAAUCUCUAUCCUCUCUAUCUCUUGGUCUCUGAGUAGGUAGAUAAUAUCUAUCUUCUUGAACACUCCCUCUACUAUUCCCACCGUUCCCUCCAAAACCUCCUCUUCUUCUAUAACUACCACUAUAACCUCCCCGUACUCUUCUCUCUCCUUGUCUAUUAUUUUCAUAAUACUCUCUCUGUGGACACUCAUUCUUCCAAUGUCCUUCCUCUCUACAAUAGGCACAUUGAUUCCUACUAAAAGGUCCCUUAGCCUAUUCUCAACUCCUUUAUUCACCUCCCUUCCCUGUCUUUCAACACUUGUGGUAGCUACCACUAGCAUAUCUGCCUUCUUCCUCAUUUUACGUUCUUCCGCCCGCUUUAUCUCAGUUUCCCUAUUCAUAUAUACUUUAUUUGCGAUCUCCAUUAGCUGUGAUAUGGACAUCCCUACAAAUCCCUCUAACUUUUGCAAUUUUCUUUUAAUAUCACCUUGGGCUGACAAAUGCUGAGUUGAUCAUUCGAGAAUUCUCAGGGGCCUCUGGAUUAAGAGGAGUAUACAAUCUAUAUGACUCCAAUAAUCUUUCAUAAAAUGCACUAGGUGACUCAUCAACCUUUUGCAACACCUCAGCCGUCUUUGAGAUAUUGAUUGUCUUCUUCCCUCCUGCCUUCAUGCCAGCAAUAAUGGCUUCCCGAUAAACCCUUAAUUGGGGCAUGUCAGCACCAUUCACAUUCCAAUUUGGGUCAACAUUUGGAUAAUGGGCUGCAGCCCAUGCAGCUGGAUUGUCCUGAUUUUGAGUAGGGGCCGUUUCCUCAAGCGCUUUAAUGGCCGCUUGAUUAAUCCGGGUCCCUUCCUCACAAUUAAAGUUAAUAAUAAUUGCUGGCAAUCGGCCCAGGUGGGAUUAUGUUUUUGUAUAAUGGAGGUAACCAAAUCUGUCAUGACUUGAGGUUUGUCGGUAUACGAAGAGUUAUGAGUCUUCCAAUUGAAUAGAUCAGUUGUGGUGAAGGGUAUUUGACCAUUUUCGUCAACGUGUGUUGGGCCCGGUGUAAGUCGGAGGGGCAUUUGGUAAUGUCGGGGUUGAAGGGUACCAGUCAUCUGUUGGGUUAAUAUAGGACUUCGGUAAGGCUGUUUUAUAGUAAGUUCCGGUCUAGGGGUAGUAAGGUAAGGAGAAUGAGGCAGGUUAAUUUUACUGGGCAGAAGUUCAGUCAACAGGAUGUUGCGGGCCGGGCUGGGAGGAGCCUGACCAGGAAUCAGUAGUGACGUUAAUUCCGGAUAUAUAGAACUAGUGGAGGUAGGUACUGGAAGGGGAGGAUUCAGGGCAAGUGGGCUGGGCUCUAAACUAGAUGAAUGAGUGGGCAGGGACAAUGGGGAAGAAGGAGUAAUAACACCAGCAGCACCUCCUCUAACCUUAGAGGAGGAGUAAGGGGGUGGGGAGGGAAGUUCAGACUCAGAGGGAGAGUCUAAAAUGGGCGGGGUUGCGGCCCUGAUGGACAGGCGAGUCCUGGCCACCAUGAGGCGACAUUGCUCCUCGUGGCAUACCUUAAUCCAUUUAGGCAAUUCUUCCACAAUCUGUUUCCAACAAUCAAUAUACGGAAACUGAUCAUGAAAUUCAGGCCUUCCUGAUACAGCCACGUGCACACGUUGUACUAGAGUUAGCUCCAGACUACCACGUGGAGGCCAUUCGGUCACCAAGAUAGGCCACUCUCUACUACAUAAUGUAGUCAAACGCUUUGGGGAUAAUUUCACCCCCAAAUCACAAACUUUAUAUCCCUUUGCAAAGUUGUUCAACAUACACGACAUGGGAUCAACAAUCUUUGAGUCAGACGCACCCAUACUGGCAAUGGAGCGUCUAAUACAGAGAAACACAAUACCCCAAACACACUUCCAACGAUCACACUUGUUUCCCUGGCAACAGCACCACGUGGCACAGUUGCUAGGCCAAACACACACGCGCGAAAACACGCAGAGAAUUCUCGUACAUACAGUGAUAUCACGACGUCUCACUCACAAAGAUUUACCAAACACUAGAUACUUAUCUCUGUAACUAUAAAGCAAACCCUACAAUUAUCCACAUUAUAAAUCAACUUUUAACUAACCGACUAUGUCACAUUCUAGUAACCUCAUCUUUACAAUCAGUGAUUAUGGUACGGUUAGCAAGUGGUUAUAACACAGUUUUAAAGUCACAGAUCAGUUAGUAACAGUUAUGGUGUUACACAUAUAACAUAAAACAACAGUUUUUAGUUAUUUUUACACAACGUCAGUAGUUAUAGUACAUGUUAAUGGUUUUAAUACCGUGCGCUAUUAUACAGUAUACACACAAUUUACACUCCCACUAGAUGGCAGAGCUCAAGCUUUCUAGCAGGACAUACAAUUCACCAAUUCACCAACUACAGUAUAUUUAACAACAUUUACAAUAAUCCCAACUAUUCUAAUUGGCCAGCACCACGAGAACUAUCGAACUAUUUACACCAGGAGUCUACGCUGCCCAAGCACCACAUAUAGCGAACUAGUGGGCGGAAUUUACAACAGUACCCAUUUAGUCUAUCUACUCUAUCAAUUGUUUAGUGGCUGAAUUUACAACAGGGCACACUUAGCCAAGAUAGGUUGAGAACUAGCAGACGGAAUGUACACCAGAAUCUGCUUAGUCUUGCCGGCCUCCCCGACCUAGCGACUGAAAUUUACACCUAGACACGCUAGUCAAGACAGGAAACCGGUGUCCGGCAUAAACUAUUUACACCAAUAUUUAGCCUGACCCAAACCACCUAUAUUAGACGGGCUGACUACAGAGCGUCUAAUUUCCAGAUAAGCGGUGCGCCUUCGCUUCUUCCCUCCAGAGGGAGGGGGCAAUCCAAUAACCGGUACCAAAUAUAAAACCCCUUGUGGGCCUACCGCUCUAACGGGAUCAGGCUUACCUCUUCGUUCUGAACCUGGGCUCACACUGAUCGACGGGGCACCCUGGUACUUAGUACGUAAAGGCGAUGAUCUCCUGGGCGAAGCAGCCUAGUGACGCCGAGAUGAAGGGAUGUCCACGCAGAAGUUCAGGGGUGCUGCCGUAGAGAACAUUGGUAAAAAGUUUAACGUCUCAAAUCUCUGUGCCAGCUUCCAUGCGAUGAGGUUAUAACUCCUCCCAUUAAUAGCUCCACCCGCAUAAACCCUUAACCAAUCGGUGGACAGGAUUUGGAUUUCCUUAUAUGGGCAGACCACAUGGCUCAUCCGAAACAAAGGAGAAAGGAAUGUGAUUUCAGUUCCUGCAUUCCUGCACAUGCUCAGUACAUUGAUGACAGUAUCUUAGCUACGUGUAACUAACUAACUGAUACAACAUACACAUAAGCGACUUGGAAAUCUCGGCCUACUAAAUUUACAUUUCACCGAAAUUCCAUCACAAGCCCAUUAGUUUAGUAGGUGCAAGUCCGCAUUGUUUAAUAUUUCAUACAGAUAUAUAUAUAUAUAUAUAUACUGACCUAUCUUUCCACUCCUCUAAGUUAACACAUAGGACCAGGUGGAAACAGGAACUGGGUUGACUUUUACACUUAAACAAUGGUCGACAGCACUUUCACUUUUACAUGGAGACUAGCCAUUAAUUGAUAAUGCAAUGGCAUCUGAGUGUCAGGAUUACUGUUUGAUCCAGCACGCAGAACUGUACAGCAUGGAUGACAAAUAAGUAACGUAUUACCGGUCCUUAGAAUGGCCGGAUUUAACGUACAAAGAAUAGUCAAAAAUACUAGCCGAGGUCAGGGAACACAGAAAGGGACACAGCGAUGAGGAAAGUCAGGAUACCAGAAUAUAGAGAAGUCAAUAAACAAAGCCAAAGUCAAAAACCAGGUAGAAAACUAUAAACAGGAACGCGCUCUCGGACAACCACAAGCCGAAACCCAAGAACGAUCAGCAGGACCGUAACCUUUCCAAACAACCAAGUACUGUAAAGUGCCCCGAGAAAACCUAGAAUCCACGAUAGAAGAUACCUCAUACUCUUCCUGACCACCCACCACCAACGGAGGGGGAGGAACACAAGGAACAGUAUAUCUAUUGCAGACAAGAGGUUUGAGUAAGGACACAUGAAAAGUGUUGGGAAUCCCUAAAGAUGCAGGAAGAGCCAGAGAGUAAGACACUGGAUUGAUCCUACGAAGCACUCUAUAGGGACCAAGGAAUCUGGGGGCAAAUUUCAUGCUAGGGACCUUAAGCUUGAUGUUGCGAGAUGACAACCAAACCCGGUCCCCCACUUGGUACACCGGGCUGGCACUCCUACGCUUAUCAGCAAAAUGUUUGAAGCGUUCAACAGCAGCCCCUAGAGCAGUUUGAACCUUAACCCAGGUAUCCCGAAUGGAGACCAGGCGCUCAUCCAGAGCAGGAAUGGCAGUAUCAGAAAAUACUGCAGGGAGAACCGUAGGAUGCCUACCAUUAUUGACAAAAAAUGGACUGUGCCCAGAGGAGUCAUGAACAGCAUUGUUUCUAGAGAACUCGGCCCACGGGAGUAGUUCGGACCAAUUGUCUUGUGUGCUAUUAAUAAAACAACGCAAAUAAACUUCUAAUGACUGGUUAGCCCUCUCAGCUGUACCAUUGGUCUGUGGAUGGUAGGAGGAGGAGAAGGAGAGAUCAAUCCCCAAUUGUUUACUGAACGCCCUCCAGAACCUGGACACAAACUGAGAGCCCCUAUCAGACACAAUAUUGUGGGGGAUGCCAUGCAAACGGACAAUUUCACGUAUGAAAAUUAGGACCAAAUCUUGCGAAGAUGGCAACUUCUUGAGAGGAAUGAAGUGAGCCAUCUUAGAAAAUCGAUCUACAACCAUGAGAAUAGUAGUGAACCCAGCAGAGCUAGGAAGCUCAACAAUAAAGUCCAUGGAUAAGUGGGACCAUGGAAUCUCAGGAACAGGAAGAGGCUGCAACAGGCCACAAGGAAGUGCAUGAGUCACCUUAGAAACUGCACAUACAGAACAUGCCAGCACAUACUCCUUUACAUCUUUCCUGAGUGAAUCCCACCAAAAUGAUCUAGUGAUCGCGGCAGUGGACUUAUUGAUGCCCGGGUGUCCAGCAGUUAUAUUGUCAUGGAACACUUUCAUGAUAUUAACCCUUUCACAUAGGGGAACGAACAGUUUAUCACACGGUUUACCACUGGGCGCCUGAGGUGGGCCUCCAGUAUGGUGCCAAACAGUGGAGAAGACAGUGAGAGGACAGUAGUAGCAAUAAUACACUCUGGUGGAAUAAUAGGAGAUGUCACCUGUUCCGGAGCUGACUCAUUAUCAAAUUGCCUGGACAAGGCAUCAGCCUUGGUAUUUUUAGAACCAGGUCUAUAAGUAAUGAGAAAGUUAAAACGUGAAAGGAACAGUGACCAUCUAGCCUGUCUGGAAGACAAACGUUUGGCAUCCCCUAUAUAUGCCAGAUUUUUGUGGUCGGUUAUGAUCAACAGGGGGUCCUUGGAACCCUCCAAAAGAUGUCGCCACUCCUUGAGGGCAAGAAUAAUGGCCAACAGUUCUCUAUUGCCAAUAUCGUAGUUGCGCUCAGCAGGAGACAUCUUUCUGGAGAAGUAGCCACAAGGAUGCAAUGGUGUUCCCUGGCUUUCUCUCUGAGAGAGAACAGCCCCUACCCCUGUCUCGGAUGCAUCAACCUCCAAUAUAAAAGGUUUACUAGUGUCGGGAUGUUUUAGUAUGUCUGCAGAGGCAAAUCUUUGUUUAAGAGUCUCAAAAGCAUUCACAGCCUCUUUGGACCAUACCGUGCUACUAACCCCUUUGCAACUCAUAUUUGUGAUUGGGGCUAUUACAGAAGAAAAUCCCUUGAUGAAUCUUCUGUAAUAGUUGGCAAAACCAAUAAACCUUUGAAUGGCUUUUAAACCAGAGGGUAAUGGACAGUGUAGUACAGCCUCUAGUUUUUUAGGAUCCAUUUGAAAUCCCGAUGCAGAGAUGUUGUAACUCAAAAAGUGGACUUCAGGCUGGUCAAAUAUGCACUUUUCUAAUUUACAUUAAAGUUUAUUUUUCAACAACGUCUGCAGAACCUGUUUCACAUGGGAGUGGUGAGUUUGAAGAUCAGGGGAAUACACCAAAAUAUCGUCCAAAUAAACCAAGACAAAUGAGUAAAUGAAUUCCCUGAGUACAUCAUUUAUAAAGUCUUGGAAUACGGCCGGGGCGUUGCAUAACCCAAAUGGCAUUACCAGAUAUUCAUAGUGUCCACUACGGGUAUUAAAUGCCGUCUUCCACUCAUGAUUCUCUUUAAUUCUAACCAAAUUGUAAGCGCUCCUAAGGUCAAGCUUAGUAAAUACUUUAGCUCCCUGAAGUCUAUCGAACAAUUCGGAAAUGAGUGGGAUAGGGUAUGCAUUUUUUACAGUGAUUUUAUUAAGUGCCCUGUAGUCUAUGCAAGGGCGUAACUCACCACCCUUUUUCUCAACAAAAAAGAAUCCUGCACCAGCUGGUGAGGAUGACUUUCUUAUGUGCCCUUUGCUCAAGGAUUCUUUGAUGUAUUCCUGCAUUAUUUUAUUCUCCUGGGGAGAUAAGGCAUAAACUGCCCCCUUAGGUGGCAUAGCGCCUGGAAACAGGUUAAUGGCACAGUCAUAUGCUCUGUGGGGAGGCAAUGCAUUGGAUUGAACCUUGUUAAACACCUCCUGAAGUUCUUGGUAUUGUAUGGGAACUCCAGGAGUUUGGGGAGUGGUAGUGGGAAGGUCAAUAGUAUCCAAUCUCUUUAGUACUGGUUUUAUACAUCUCCCCAUACACUCUUUACCCCAUUCUCUAUAUCUCCCCAUUAGCCCAGUCAAUAUAGGGAUUGUGCUUACUCAGCCACGGAAACCCUAAUAUGAUAGGACAUGAUAGAGAAGUAAUAACCCGAAACGUCAUCUCCUCCCUAUGGGAGGCCCCAAUGGAGAUCGUAAUAGGGACAGUUUCGUGGGUUAUAAGCGGUUGUGUGAGUGGUCUACCAUCAAUAGCCUCUACAGCUAGUGGCGUAGGUCUCUCCCUGACCGGUAUCUCAUUAUCCCUAAUAAACUGGACAUCAAUAAAAUUUCCAGCAGCACCUGAGUCCAUUAGGGCACUGUAAGAAAACUUCUUGUUAUCAAGGGAAAUAGAUACCUCAAGGAGGAAUCUACUUUUGUUUUUGUUAGAGGACAACUCCAUCACACCUAAGAUCUGUCCCCUUAAGGUUCUUAGGUGCGGAAGUUUUCCAGACGCACUGGACAAUUAGUUAUCAUAUGUCCCUUUCUACCGCAAUAUAGGCAUAACCCCUCCCCUCGGGUUCGGACUGUACAGGGAGGUUAGACAAAACAGGUUUAGAGAAUUGAGGUGCUAGGGAUAUAGCCGUACGUCUGGUCUUGCUUCUGGUGACUUCUCUGAGUCUUAACCUAUUAUCAAUAUGCAUGACAAACGUAAUAAAUUCGUUAAGGCUCUUAGGUAAUUCUUUAGCGGCUAUCUCAUCUAGUAUAGACUCUGAGAGACCCUUUUUGAAUGCUGAGAUUAACCCUUUGUUAGUCCAGUCUACCUCGGAAGCUAAGGUACGGAAUUCAAUAGCAUAAUCCGAGAUAGACCGGUUACCUUGUCUGAUGUGCAUUAGGGCAGUGGAGGCGUCAUCCUCUCUACCCAAUGGCUCAAACGUGAGCUUGAAUUCGGCAAGGAAUUCCUGGUAAUUAUGAGCUAUGCUCCGAUUACUCUCCCACAACGGAUUAGCCCAGGCAAGGGCCUUGCCCUUUAAUUGAUUCAUUAGAUAACCAAUUCUUGCUCUGUCCGUGGGGAAUGACACUGGUGAGGCCUCAAAAUGUUACUCCACCUGAUUAAGAAAACCCCUGCAUUCCUGAAUAUUGCCAUCAAACUGUAGGGAUGGUGAUAAGGAGAUGCUAGGAGUCCUAUUAACAGUGGGUGGAGGUACACAGGGUAGAGGUGCUAUAGGAGGAGACGCUGCAGGCUGCAGAUGCUCUGUUCUAGCGAGAAGCGUACUUAAAGCCUGAGUGAAUUGAUCCAUGCGGUGAUCAUUCUCCUCUAAUUUCCUCUCGCAAGCAGCUAUGUGCUGACACAGUUCUACAGGAUCUAUGGCCAUGUCGUAAUGUCAGGAUUACUGUUUGAUCCAGCACGUAGAACUGUACAGCACGGAUGACAAAUAAGUAACGUAUUACCGGUCCUUAGAAUGGCCGGAUUUAACGUACAAAGAAUAGUCAAAAAUACUAGCCGAGGUCAGGGAACACAGAAAGGGACACAGCGAUGAGGAAAGCCAGGAGUCAGGAUACCAGAAUAUAGAGAAGUCAAUAAACAAAGCCAAAGUCAAAAACCAGGUAGAAAACUAUAAACAGGAACGCGCUCUCAGACAACCACAAGGGAAACCACGACAGGGCACUGAGCAGGCUGAGAACUGGGCCUAAAUACCCCUCCUUUAGUUCUGAUAGGCUGUAACCGGCCUUUGACCCCAAAGUCAGUUACCAGGUUUCAUUUGCAUAAUUGCUGCUCAGCAUUAACCCUUCUGUGGAUUAGGUUGCUGCUCGGCACAACUUUUCUUGUGUGGACAGUAAAUGUCAUUAACCACAUUUCUAUAAGCGGAUGAAUACGUGACACUGAGUCCCUUGCAGGCGUUCUUGUGUAUUUCCUACAUCCAGCCCGCUUUGUUGGAGAGGUGGAAAUGAUCAUGGCACUCUCUCCCAUAUAUUCUGAUUUUGCUCAGUAAUACAGCCUUUUUGAUCCCAGAUAAGAACUUUCAUUGCAAAUUUAAAGGGACACUAUAAACACCCUAUGAGCACUAGAAGCACUUCCUGCAGUUUCAUGGAGUUUAACUCCUUGAAACAGUGCUGGAUGUCCUCACACUUUGCACGAAGAUGUCCAGUAUCUUCAAAAUCCCCGUAGAAAAACAUUGAUGCAUUACUUUACUAUGGAAAAAGCCUAAUGCACACCAUGCAAUAGGUUUCCCCCUUGGAAAGAACUCAGCGCUGGAAAAAGGUAAGUGUUUCAACGUUUUUUUAAUCCUUUAAUCACUGGGUGGGGGGUGAACAAUUGCUUUAGGGCAGAGGAACACUAUAUCAUUAGAAAUACAGUUUUGUAUUCCUAACACUAUAGGCUUCCUUUAACAUCGUUUGCGCUAGGCUCUUAAGUGUGCCGAAAUGUGGGUGGUUUCUGUGACAUGUGUCUUGCUCUGGUAGACUGUUUGAACUACAUGUGCUAUACUUACUGUGAGGGGAAAAUUUAUUUGAUCCCCUGCUGAUUUUGAACGUUUGCCCACUGACAAAUUAUCAGUCUAUAAUUUUUAUGGUAGGUGUAUUUUAGCAGUGAGAGACAGAAUUUUAAAGGGAUUGCUCCUAAGCUCAGCUCGUUACCUGUAUAAAAGACAUCUGUCCACAGAAGCAAUCAAUCAAAUAUCAAACUCUCCACUGUGGCCAAGACCAAAGAGCUGUCCAUGGAUCCCAGGGACAAGAUUGUAGACAUACACGAGGCUGGAAUGGGCUACAAGGCCAUCGCCAAGCGGCUUGGUAAGAAGGUGACAACAGCAGAUUAUUCGCAAAUGGAAAAAACACAAAAACACUGUCAGUCUCGCUCGGUCUGGUGCUCCAUGCAAAAUCUCACCUUGUGGAGUUUCAAUGAUCAUUAGAACUUUGAGGAAUUAGCCCAGAACUACACGGGCAGCUGGGACUAUAGUCACCAAGAAAACAAUUGAUAAUACACUAUGCCGUGAAGGUCUGAAAUCCUGCAUCAUCCACAAGGCCCCCCUGCUCAAGAAAGCACAUGUACAGGACCGUCUGAAGUUUGCCAAUGAACAUCUGAAUGAUUCAGAGGAGAACUGAGUGAACGUGUUGUGGUCAGAUGAGACCAAAAUCGAGCUCUUUGGCAUCAACUCAACUCGCCAUGUUUGGAGGAGGAGGAAUGCUGCCUACGACCCCAAGAACACCAUCCCCACCAUCAAACAUGGAGGUAGAAACAUUAUGCUUUGGGGCUGUGUUUCUCCUCAGGGGACAGGACAACUGCAAAGGGACAAUGGACGGGGCCAUGUACCGUCAAAUCUUGGGUGAGAACCUUCUUCCCUCAGCCAGGGCAUUGAAAAUGGGUUGUGGAUGAGUAUUCCAGCAUGACAAUAACCCAAAACACACAGCCAAGGCAACAAAGGAGUGGCUCAAGAAGAAGCACAUUAAGGUCCUGGAGUGGCCUAGCCAGUCUCCAGACCCUAAUCCCAUAGAAAAUCUGUGGGGGGAGCUCAAGGUUCGAGUUGCCAAACGUCAGUCUCGAAUCCUUAAUGACUUGGAGAGGAUCUGCAAAGAGGAGUGGGACAAAAUCCCUCGUGAGAUAUGUGCAAACCUGGUGGCCAACUACAGGAAACGUCUGACCUCUUUGAUUGCCACAAAGUACUAAGUCGAAGGGGUCAAAUACUUAUGUCACUCAUUGACAUGCAAAUCAAUUUGUAACUUUUUUAACAUGCGUUUUUCUGUAUUUUUGUUUUUUUGUUUUUCUGUCUCUCACUGUUAAAUUACACCUACCAUUAAAAUUAUAGCCUGAUCAUUUCUUUGUCAGUGGGCAAACGUUCAAAAUCAGCAGGGAAUCAAAUACUUUUUUUCCUCACUGUAAAUACCAGGUAAUGAGGAUCCAGGUCCACCUGGGCACGGCAAAAGGCUUUGUCAACAACCAACAGCAACAGAAGGAGGAGUCCAGCACAGUCCUAAUCUCAAUAAGGUGAUAAUGUAUUGAUAGUGUCAAAUAAAUGGGUGAUGUUUUGGCCCCACACUGCUGCAAAGUUUUUAUGGACUUGGACUCCUGGGACUUAAUACUUCUAUUUUUUACUGGUUUUGCACAAAUAAACAUUUUACUGAGGAACCCACAACAGUAUAGUCUUUAAUGGAUUCUUGUUGCUCCCUAACAACUUAGAGGUGUAAAUUGUCUCUUUACUUGCCUUUUCUUUUAUCAAUUUAUACUGUGUAUUUUUUAUAGUGUACAAACUCGAAAACUUUAAUAAAAACUGAAACAUAAAAACAAAACAAAAAAAACAGUACCAUAUGUUUUUGUUUUUUUUGUGACUAGUAAAUCCACAUAAAAAAAAUGAAUGCAAAAAAAGUUAUAUGGGAGUCUACAUUGUCACUCUGCCUAGGAAUUAUGAUGCGUGAAUCAAGCUAUAGCUGCAUGAAUACAAAUUAUUCAGUAAAGUAUGUCUGAUAGCAAUGAGAAUUUCUGAAAAAACAGAUUUAACAUGUUUCCUUACUAAAAUAAUGUGAUAUUUAAUUACAAAGAAACCUUUUGAUCUUCAGUCAAACCAUAACACAAAUAAAGUAUGCAUGCAGAUGUAAUUUAAUCAGUCAGUCAAUGCAAAUGAUUACAGGGAAACACAGGAAGACAUACUAUAAAUAUAAUAUCUAUUAUAUAUCACUGUAGUGACUGCUUUAGAGAAAAAAACAUGCAUCAUAAUUCUCAGAAUGCAAUUAAUGGCUAUACAAGAUAAAAACAACAUAAAACACAUGAUAUGAAAUAUAAUUUUGUUAAAAAUACAAAAGAGCUGUGUUAUGAGAGAAUGGAGCUUGACGUUGGAACUGAGCAAAUGCCAUACCGCAAACUAUCUGCUGGAUAUCUCUCACAUUGCACAACAGUGUCCUGAGUGACAGAGUCUAAUCACAGCAGGGCAUCACACUCUACUGAUAAAUACCUUUUUGUUCAACCCAGUCGUGAAACUGCAAAGCUGCAAAGUAGGGGCCUAUUUAUCUCCAUAAGUUAAAGCCAUUGAGUAAGCACAAUCCCUAUAUAGGAGUCUCUGAUCACAGAGGAGAACUCAUCUGGUCAGAGGCCUUGCAGGGGCCCACUCCCGAUCCAGCACAGAUCACAGAAGCCUACUGUGGGGGAUCCCACAGAAACAAGAGAUAUUGGCUCUCCGGUGAAGGCUGCAAGGUCUGCCACAUGUCUCCUGAGGCCUGCAAGUCAGACCCACUACCAGCACACCCAAUACUAGGGACUAUCUUAACAACAUGAGGGGCUUCUGAGGGAUCAGCCCUGGUAAAUAAACAGGACAUUCAAAACUUAUUUCAUGAUCUUAAAAAGUUAUCUGCUGCAGAUAGUUGUAAAAACUGGUAUUCAAGCGGUUACUGAGCAUGUCAGAGCUUCUGAAGAGGAUGUCAUAGAUUUACAUGUUGCCUUGUCUUCUCUACAAGACUCCUUUCACAGUCUACACAACUCACACAACAACUUCAACAUUCUGGUGGCCCUUCUUGAAGAUAAGAGUUGAUGCUACAAUAUAAAACUUUGGGGUAUCCCUGAUAUUAUUUGCGCUGUGGAACAACAUCAAUACCUACCUGCAAUGCCUUGUAUCCUCCCUGUUACCUCCAAUUCAUGCCAAAAAAGUUGUUUACGUGUGUACCACAUCAAUAAAUCUCCAUAGGCACCAGCAUUGGUAUCCUGAGAUGUAAUAGCCAGGUGAUCAUCCUCCCAAGAUAAAAUGCACAUUAUGCUGGCUUUACAUGGCGUCUUGCCUUUGCAUUUAAAUCAGCGCAGAUUACUACCUACCAAGACCUCACCAGAGCCACACUUUAAUGCAAAAGAUCCCUUUGCACAAUCACAAGCAAACUGCAAGAGUCUGGCCUACCCUAACGCUGGACGAUGCUGCAGUUUGUCUACAUUACUCACCACGGAACUGUAAUUUCCACAGGAGGCUCCGUCCUUUCUUGGGACACUGGGACUUGCCCCACCACCAUCAUAUCCCUCUGGGUCUACUACCAAUCCAACCUGAGAUCUAACCACUCUCGUACCUUUCAUGCCUAGAAGCGGUCAGUUAUCUGAUCCAGGGACUUGAUUUUGGCUAGCUCACACCAAGUACUGUUACAUACUUCUGUAUAUGGAGGGUCAAGGGUGAAUCAACUUGCUUGUUUACACUAAACAGAUGUCAGGAUUCCUCUAUGUAAUUCCGUUAUACUGCCAUAUUGUUUUCACCCUCAUCGGCAUAACCCGUCUGAUUUCCGGGUUUAGCCGAUCCAUUCACGUCCAUACGUUUGAUGUCACAGAUCUCCCUUUAAAAAGGGACCCGCGACUACAGCUGAUUGCUCAAUCAAUGUGUGUGGGUUUAAGUCUCAAUCUCUCAUUUGCUUGGAGCCGCUCGCAACUCUGAUACUUUGUUUCAACUUGACUCACAAAGCUUCGAUACUGUAUUCCUGUGUACCGAACCUCUGGCUUUGAUCCUGACAACUCUCUUCUCUUCACUCCCUGUAAAGAACAUACUUCACUUUGGAUCCCUGCACUCUCCUCAUACUUCAAGGAACCAAAAUCCACAUUAUCAAGGUAGGACUCUUAAGCUCAGUAUCCAGCAAGAUAAGUUCUCCUAUACUGGGAUUUGUAUUCGGUUCAUUAUCUGCAGUUGAGUGGAAGUAAGGGAUGCUAAAGUCUGCCUCUGGGAUUUCAUUUAUGUUUUAUUAAGAACUUUCAUUUAAUAUUGCUCAAACAAGCUAUUCCCAGGGGCGGACUGAGAACCCUCAGGGCCCCCGGGCAAAAUAAAUCAAGGGCCCCCUUACAGGCCCCACCCAUACUCUGCAGCAAGUGCCACCCUUGUCCCGCCUCCAUGCACCGCCUCCAUCCACACCCUACACAAUCUUUAGACACAAGGAACAAAAGGGCAAUAAGCCCUUCGAGGCCCCAGCAGAGACUACAAUUGAGGGCUAAUGGGCCAUGGAGGGGAUUUCUAGCGGAGGCUAUCUCAGUGUCCUUUAGAGAGUGUGUUAGAAAGAAUCCCCUCAAGGCCCCAUUAGAGACUACAAUGGAGUCUAAUAGGCUUGGAAGGGGGUCUUUCUAACAGAGGCCAUCUCAGCGUCCAUUAGAUAUCCCCUGCUGGAAACAGUCGCCUCCAGGCCCCAGUAGAGACUACAAUUGAGGGCUAAUGGGCCAUGGAGGGGAUUUCUAGCAGAGGCUAUCUCAGUGUCCUUUAGAGAGUGUGUUAGAAAGAAUCUCCUCCAGGCCCCAUUAGAGACUACAGUGGAGUCUAAUGGGGCCUGGAGGGUGGUCUCUCCAACACUCUGGUUCCUAUUCACAAUAUAGCAACACAACAUAGCUCACUGAUACCUAGGCCAAGUUGGCUCCUCUUACCUUAAUUACUGUUGCUGGCUGGCAGUCUGUGGGCUUGCUUGCUGCAGCUGGCAGGCUGUGGGCUUGCUGGCUACUGCCGGCAGGCUGUGGGCUUGCUGACUGUGGCUUGCAGGCUGUGGCUUGCUGGCUGCGACUGGCAGGCUGUGGGCUUGCUGGCUGCGACUGGCAGGCUGUGGGCUUGCUGGCUGCGACUGGCAGGCUGUGGGCUUGCUGGCUGUAAGCCUGUGGCUUGCUGUAGGCCUGUGGGCUGGCUACUGGCCUGUGGGCUGGCUAACUGGCUGGCUACUGGCCAGCCUGUGGGCUGGCUAACUGGCUGGCUACUGGCCAGCCUGUGGGUUGGCUGGCCGGCCUGUGGGCUGGCUGGCUACUGGGGCACUUGUAGAUUAUUUAAAGAAAUAAUCCAUGCACAAUAACCACUACUGCUCCAGAGUAAGUAGUCAAACCAUUUAAGAACAGUUUGACAACUUACCUGGGAUCUGCUGGGAUAUGGGGCUGUAGUAGGGAAUAGGAGCAGUGGUGCAAUGUGUGUGAAAGGUUCAGUGUGUGUGGGGGGUGUAGUGUGUGAAUGUGUAGGCUGUGUACGUGUGUGGCAAUGUUAGUAUGGGGGGCUGUGUAUGAGGGUCUAUGUGUAUAUGGGUGGGCAGUGUAUGUGUGUGUGUGAGGCAAUGUGUAUGGUGUGUGUGUGGGGGCAGUGUGUUUAUGGGGCUAGAGUUCACUCUCACCACUGCGACCACCAGGAAUCCCUGGGGGUCACAGUGUUGAGAGUGAACACUAGACCGUAGCUCCAGGGCUAGAGUUGACUCUCGCAAGAGCGGUAACGUUGCCAUGGUAAUCGCGGCAACGCUCUGUGCUCGUGCAAGAAGGACCCAGAGGAGCUGCAGGGUGAGCUCCCAGGUCCUCUCUUCCUUCCUCCCCUGCCCGCACGGUGCCUGCGGACAGGGGAGGGGGAGCAAUUGCCCUGUUGCCCCCCUGGAUCCACCAGUGAUAUAUACAGCCCUUCUGUGUGCCUUUUUGUCUCCCCCCGUCCCUCUGUAUGUUUCUUUCUCCCCCCUCCUUCCCAGUCUCUCUUACCCCUCUGCCUCUUUCUCCCUCUCUUCCACUGUUUUUCUCCCCCCUUUCCCUGUCUCUCUCCCCUACAUCUCUCUUCCUCUCUGUCUCUUUCUCCCCCUCCCCAUCUCUUUCUCCCCCUGUGUCUCUUUCUCCCCCUCCCUAUCUCUCUAUUCCCCGUUUCUCCCCGUGUCUCAUUCUUCCCUCUCUGUCUGUCUCCCCCCUCCCCAUAUCUCUGUUCCCCCCUCUUUCCAUAUCUCUGUUCCCCCCCUUUCUCCCCAUAUCUCUGUUCCCCCCUUUCUCCCCAUAUCUCUGUUCCCCCUCCCUCUCCCCAUCUCUUUCACCCCCCUCCCCAUAUCUCUAUUCCCCCCUUUCUCCCCAUAUCUCUGUUCCCCCUUUCUGUUUCCAUAUCUCUGUUUCCCCCUUUCUCCCCCAUAUCUCUGUUUCCUUUCUCCCCAUCUCUGUUCCCCCUCCCCUCUCCCCAUCUCUCUGUUCCCCCUCCCUCUCCCAUCUUUCACCCCCUCCCAUAGCUCUUCCCCCUUUUCUCCCCAUGGCUGUUUCCCCUCCCUCUCCCCUUAUCCUCUGUUCCCCUCCUCUCCCCAUAUCUCCUUUCCCCCUCUUUCUCCCCUCCCCAUCUCUCUAUUGUCCCCUCUUCCCCCCUUGUUUCAGGUCUGGGGGGCGGCGGCCGUUUGAUGCUGCAGCCGCCGGACCGGGUGACAGCCUCGCCGGUCCGGCGGCAUUCCUCCUACUAACACUGAAGGAGGAGGAGGAGGAGGAGCAUGUGUCUAUCAUGCUCCCUGCGGUUCCCACAAUUCCCAGCACAGGAUGUGGGAACCGCAAAGGAGCAUGACAGACACAUGCUCCUCCUCCUCUUUCAGCGUUAGUAGGAGGAAUGCCGCCGGACCGGCGAGGCUGCCACCCGGUCCGGCGGUUCCAGCAUCAAACGGCCGGCCCCCUCACAGUGUGCCACCGGGCCGGCCACCCGGUGGCACCUUCCUCUGAAGUCACCAUAUCCAGCCCUGCCGCCGGGCCCCCUGAAGGCGGCCCUGGCGGCGGGCCCCCCUCCGGGCCGGGCCCUCGGACCGUGUCCGAAGUGCCCGACCGGUCAGUCCGCCCCUGGCUAUUCCUUAUAUUGGAGUCUAAGUGACUAUAUCCUUUCCUAUAAUCUGGGUCAAUUAAUAACUUCAUUUACUGCUGUAAGGAUUGUGUUCCUAUAACAGAAUUCACCUAUUCCAUAUUCUCCUAUUGAAAAGUAUUGUGGACUGUGUGCUAAUUAAGCUUGCCUUCUUAAUUUUCCUUUUAAUGUUACAAUCUUGUAAAGCAAUACUAAACAAGAUUGUCAUUCAUGCGUUUUUACAUCAAGACCUUUUUGCUACAAAAGUCUGCUAAGGUGAAAUUAUUUAUUUUAAAUAAAUUGUUUUCUUAAAGUGACAGUAUCACAUUUUUUUCAUUAACCUGCGGUUGAGUUACAAAUAAUUAAAAUUUCAACGAGAACAUUACAACAGAUAAGAUGGAGGUUCAUCUCAACUAUUUUCAACACAAUAGUUAACCGUAUUGACAUUCUUUCUCAAGAUCAGGGUACUCCUUCAUAUUGUAUUGAUGUAUCUGUAUUAGACAAAAUAGCAGGUGUAUCUCACUCAUCUAGGGGUUCUAUAUCGACACAUGAAAGCAUCCCAUAAACUCUCCAUCAUACUGCGAGUCACUUGUCUACAUGUAUUAUUGAAUCACAUUCAUAAUCCUUGCAGCUAUGAACCCUUACUUUCUAUAUAUCUUGUAUCUGAUACAACGACUACACAAUAUUAUUAUUCAUAAUUUUACUGCUAUUCUAGUACAAAAAAAGAAAAUAAUUGCUGUACUUUUUGACAUACCAUGUCCUUCCAUUAUUUUAUUUGUUAUGGCUGUUUUGUCUAUGCCUGACUGUAUUAUUAUUUCCGCACUGCGAAAAUAAAAAAUGUCAAAAAAAGAGUUGUUAUAAAGCAGGUGUACUUUAUUAUGCAAAACAAUGUAUUUUGCAAAACAUGUUUCUACAUAUACAACUAAAUGCAUAUAUGCAAAUAGUAUCUGCAUAAUAUAAUAAUGUAUGACUCUGAAUACGGUUAGACAAUUACAUGUAUUCAAAAGAGCUCCUCUUCUCUUUAUUGCAGUAAUAAUAAAUGCAUGAUAGCGAAUAAAUUCUAUGUAUUCAGAAACCAUUCUCGUACUUUUUGUGAAAUAAUCUAUCAUAUUAUUCAUGUAUUUAAAUCAGACAAGAAAAGACUAAAUUGACAUCACUAUUAUGAAGGAACAUUUCCUAAGCACAGAAUUAUUUAACAAUUAAGAACACGAUUUCUGUUUAUUUUGAUAAGCAUUUUAAAGCAGCACUAUAGCAUUGUAAAUAGUGAUGUCCCGAACGGUUCGCCGAACCUAACACUAAUUGUAAAUACAAACCUGUCCUAUCACUAAAGUGUUCUCUUUAUUAAGAUUCAGCCUCCCUAAAUCUAAAUAAAAAUUGGAGACAAGUAUAUUAUUUUUUUUCUGCUCAGAGAUCCAGUCCCUGGAUCUACUCUUCCUGCCUCUCAUGAAGUCACAAUAACUUACCUACAGGGAUGUGGAAUUAAAAAAAAUAUAAAUAAAUAAAGAAUAAAAUAAAUUUCCUUGUCCAAGGAAUUUGCACAGCAUGACAAUAUACUUGUCUUGACACAAAAUAAUUUCAAUUAAAAAGAUUGGAAGCCCUGCCAAGAGUCUAGGGCAUUGACAGUGCUUUUUGCUGAAUUCUGAAUUUUCACUAAAUAAUUCGAAAAGGGAAAAAAACGGAGACAAAAAUAACUGAUGUGGGAAAAUGUUCUAACACUGCUCUAGUCACAACACGGCUAUUUUUGCCUCAGUUUUGCCAUUUAGAUUUAUUUUGCAAAAAGUUGUAGCCUUGUGAUUGUCCCUCCCAUAGUCUCCCCUUUUUAUCAUAGUGUGUGUGUGUGCUUGCUGGGUCAUCUGUGUGCGGUGUGUGCUUGUGGUGUGUCAUGUAUUUGAGGUGAGUGCUGGCUGUGUGUUGUGAGUGUGUGUGGUAUACGCUGGCUGAGUGUCAAGUGUAUGUGUGUGGAUUCUGCUCACUGUGUCAUGUGCAUGUGGUGAGUACUGUACUUGGUGCAAGUAUGGUGUGUGUUGGCAGUAUGUGGUGCAAGUGUGGUGUGUGUGUGUGUGUGCUGGCUGUAUGUGGUUGUGAUACACUGAAACACACAUACACUGACACACUGACUUACUCAUACAUACACACUGCACUCUUAUACACACAUACACACUGACUGACCCAUACACAAACACACAGACCUACAAAUUGACUGAUCCAUACACAAACAUACUGACACACACACUGAUCCAUACACAAACACAGAUAGAUUAAAGCAAGCUGAGUAAGCCUAGUGUUGGCAAUCUCAUGUGGUCUAAGAGAGGGUGCUUGCAUAUUGCAUGGAGUUUUGAGUAAGUUGUGUAAAAGGCCUCUCUAUGUGAAGAUUACAUGUAGUAUCGGGCUGAGUAAACAUUGUGACUUUAGGCCAGAGUGUGUAAAUACAAGUUUAAACAUUUAGCCGCAUAAUCAGAUAGGGUGAAGAGAGUACUACAAUGGUGAUCUAACCUCUGCAGAAGGUAGUGUGGCCCCCAGUUCCCAGUAUGGAGCAACAGAACAAUGCUUGUCAGUGGUCAGCCGAUUCGAUUUGCAUGCUCAGGCUCUGCAUGGGUCUUGCUAGGCGAUCAGUGGGGGUGUCAGAGUGGUGGGAGCGAGGGGAGGCACCCCUUCAGCCCCAGGCUUUGGUUGAAGCCUGCAUCUUCGAGCCGCGGUCACGGAGGCUCCGAAAGUCCCUGACCUCCUUCCAUCUGGGGGAACAGGAGGCACUAUUGGUCCUGGUCAGCAGCGGGUUUCCCUCUGUCUAUACGGUCGAUGCACAGGGACUAGGCCCCUUGUGGCUUUCGGCCCAGAUGGGUUUACAUCGCUGGUGGUGUGAGUAGCUUGAGAGGCUGUACCAGAAGGAGGCUCACUUUCUCCCUGGUGCUCACCCCUCCCAUCUCUCUCUGGCGGUUGUCUCGCAGCUUUCGCCAUACGGGCCUCAAGUGCUGCCCAGAACAGUGUGAAGGCUUCAUCCAGCCACCGCAUGAGUCGGUCCAUUGGGUUUGGAGCAUCCCAUUGUGUCUGUUCUGUUAUGCCUGCUUGUGCGCCCAGUGCGUCCUUCAUUUUAGAGUGCUCGAACUGCGACAAUGAGCGGGAACCAGUGUAGGCAAGCAACUCGGGGGCGUCUGUUGUUGUGGGCACCGGGAUAACCCUCACUGGCGUGGGGGAGGAGGAACAAUGUGUCUAGGUGCCGAGAGUCCAGCUCCAGGUUGGUCAGAGACCGCGAGGUCGGCCGCCCCUUAAAGUUCGACCGCUAGGUAGGCCACAGUCUCGUUGGCAGAGCUUCCACCGCAGGGGAACCGGUGUGUUAGUGGGCAAUGGUACUCCCAUACAUAGUAGGGUAUUUCAGGUAUAUAAAACAUGGAUUUGGGGUCCAUAAGAUAAGUUUAGAGCUUGAUGCUACACGGACCUCCAACUGUGUGUGAUCGCUCAGCUGUUUUUGUAUCAAUUUAAUUGAUUAGUUCUGGAAGAAUGUUUCACCAUAAUUGUUGGUUAAUGAGGAGGUGCUAAACAUGUAUGAUAAAUUUGUCACAUUUUGAUAUUUUGUGGCUCCGUGUUACUGCCCGUGAUCUAUUAAAUAAAUAGGUAUUGCAAGUACAUACCUUCCUCCCCAUAUCCCUGAAUCAAGCUGAAUUCUUGCCCAUAGUAAUGUUAGCCAAUCUAUACCAACAUUUUCUGUGAUCAAAGUACUUCUGUAAGAUCCACUGAGCUAAGCCUCACCAUGCAUGCCAGCUUUUUGGCUGAAUGUGUCAGCUGGCAGGAAACUCAGGCAUCAGGGAAGGUGGCGACAUGGACCUAUGAGAAGGUGUUAAGAGGUAGAACUAGGUGAAUGUUUAAAUGGACUGUUUAUCUCUCAACAUUGGGAGCCACAAGAAUGACAUGUCACUUCCUGGUUUGGUGAAAGCUCACUGCAAGUGCACAAACUAAAAAUAUGAUUAAUCUUUUAACUUUUUAUUGUUUUAGUAUAGUAUUGUUACAUAUUAAGCACUUGCCGUUCUGGUACAACUAUGACAGGAGUAUGGAAGAAAUUGUACAUUAAGAUUAGAUUUAGAUUUUUUGCCCAUUUGCACCCUCCAACUUUUUUGUUAUGCCACAUUGUUCUUACAUUGUUCUUACAAUCAAAUUCUGAAAACUAUUUUGAUUGUUGAAAAACAAUGGGUCACCUGCAACCUGGUGUGGCGUUUUAACUGGUCUUGACUUACCAAGGUGUAGUAUUUGACAUUGACGUUUAUAUAAUCAAAUCUAAACAGAUCUGUCAAAUUUUGUUAUUCAAUAUUUUAAGACAUUAUCUUUCUUUUCCAUGCAUCACAUGCCCAAUGGGUGGCAUCAAUUCGGUCUAAUAAAAUAUACAUGGACAAAAUCUGAUCUAUCUCUCAUUUGUUGAGUUUGGACAUGCAAGCAUAAAUAAUUCUGGAUAAUUUAGGACAAAUCUGCAUUAUUCCUACUUGAGAGUUGCAUUUAGUUUUUUUUCUGUAAAAUCUAUAUAUAACCUUACCAAAGUUGUGACAAUAGCUUGAGACAAUCCAGGGGCAUGCAGAGGCAAAAAUGAGGACUUUUAUCAAAUUCCGAAAUGGACUAAAACGCUUCUAAUUGCAGGUGGUCCGUUCCAAUUCUGAAUAUAGUCAAAAUUUUUAUAAACUGUCUUAAAGGGACACUAUAGUCACCAGAACCACUACAACUUAAUGCUGUAGCAAAUGUGUCUCUAGGCCAAAGAGAAGCCUCUGAUUGGAGUAUACCCCAGCAGAAGUCGGAGCUGGAGAACAAAGGGAGAGCUUGUAAAGGGUGCAGACCUGCAAUGUGUUUUAGAUCUACCCUGAAAGAAAGAAAAAAUGCAGAAUUAAAUGCAUGAAUACUUUAAAAACUUUAAUCAUAUUUUUAGUUUGUGCACUUCCAGUAUAUCUACUAAAUCCCCUAAUGAAGUGUUUCUUUAAACUGUUUAAAUGUUGAAUUACUCAAGGUUUUAUGUUUUUUUUUCUACAUGGCUGUAAAGUUUGUGAUUUUACACCUUUAAUGCUUUUGCACUCCCUCCUUAUGCAUAAUCAGCCUUCUGACAUCACUUAUACUCAAUUAUGUGACUGAAGGCUUUCUCACAUUUGAAUUAUUGUGGUCUGUCUAAAAAAAUAAAUGUUGUCAGAUAACUGGUUGUCAGCUUUGGGCUCUGUGAACGAUACCAAAGGCAGUCUGUGAUUUAUGACACCGUCAUCUGGGAUACACUGUAUCCUGUAUUCUUAUUGAGUAUUUUAAAGGAGUCAUUGAGAUGAAGUCGCCUGGGUGUAGUGUGUGUUUUGUUGUUGUUGUUUUUUAGAAAAUACAGUGUUUACAUUGCAUUGUUAGAUCCUCCUCAAAUUGACAGCCACUAGAGAUGAACCCUGCAGCAGCAGCCGAGUAAAACUUGGUGACCUGACUGCUUGCUGCACAUGUCCUCUAGGAGGAGCAUUGGAUUGAACCACAUUGGAGAAGGCCAUGCCUCCUCUAACACUGCGGAAGGAGGAGAGGUAAGAAUCAUCGAUGGAAAAAUAUGAGUAAAACAUUUUAUUCAGAUUUAUGCUGAACUAGGGUCGAGUUCAGCAUAAAUAUGAAUGUAGCAUUUUGUUUUUCUAUCCUUAUUAAUGGCUUUACAUGGAGCUAGUGGUAUUGUUUCUACAUUUGGUUUGUCUAUCCUUAAGGUUUGCUAGUGGGGUGGAGUUUUACAAAAAGGCAGCUUAGCGGGAUUGUUUAAAUCAUGGGUCGUCAACCUGGUCCCUACCGCCCACGAGUAGGCGUUUCAGGAUUCUAGGUGGGCGGUAGGGAUUUUCUAAUUUUGAGAGAUUGGGCGGGCGGGUGCGAGCCGGCGGUACCCCUGCGACCGGGUACCGCCAUCAUCACUUGCAGCCUGGCCCGCGCGGCAAUCCACCGUGGCCGCAUAUGGAGGGGUCCAUCGGGUGGCCCAUGCUGUGUUUUUUUCUUUUUGUGAUUUAUUCUGCCUGUGCCCAAACACUUGGGGAUAUGUUGGACUAUUGGUUAUUUUAAGAAAAAACAUUUUAGGUCCCUAUCAAGUUUAGUAAUUUGUUAAAUUUCCUAAGUGUUAAAUGGUCACGUUUAUGUUUUAACUCCUUUUCGGCAACAUUGUGAUAGCACAAACUAAAGAGUUUAGCCUAAGGUUUUUCACCAAUCAUAUCAUGGUAAAUGUUAUGUUGAAAAUCUUUAAAAUAAUGCAAUCUCUUCAUGUCUCCUAAAAACUAUGUUUCAGGUUUGUUGCGAUACAGAUAGUAACUAAUAUAAUACAAUGAAAUACACACUUUUUAUUAAUCGCAUUAAAUGUCUCUUUUUGUUUCAGGGAUACAGCAGGCCAGGAAAGAUUUCACACUUUGAGUGUCCGUUAUUUUCGUGGGGCUCAUGGUAUUGUUCUUGUUUAUGACAUCACAAAUACACUCUCAUUUGAAAACAUAGCCAUGUGGAUGAAAGACAUUAAAUCAGUAAGCAUCAUAUUUAUGAAAACUGCAAUAAUUACAGUUGCAGGGUUAAGGGUAGUGGGAGUUGGCACCCAGACCACUCCAAUGGGCAGAAGUGGUCUGGGUGCCUGGAGUGUCCCUUUAAUAUUUUGGAAAAAUUAUAUAAAAAUUGUAUCCAAAAACAUUACAUCAUUUGAAAACCUUAUCCAAAAUUAUUAAAUUGGGGCCCUAAUUUGUGUAUUUUCCAAUUUACAAUCAAAUACAUUUAUUUAAGUACAAGCCUCACCUUACCACUUUAGGCUCCCUUUGCAAAACUUAGGAAUGACCCUCACCCACCAUUAUUUAUUAUCAUAAUUUGGUGAAAGCCAAAAAAGACACACCGUAUUGGUUAAAAUAAUCUGUGAUGUAUGGGUGGUUAUUUGUUGUGGUGUAUGGGUGGUUAUUUGUUGUGGUGGAUGGGUGGUUAUUUGUUGUGGUGGAUGGGUGUUUAUUUGUUGUGGUGUAUGGGUCAUUAUUUGUUGUGGUGUAUGAGUGUUUAUUUGUUGUGGUGCAUGGGUCAUUAUUUGUUGUGGUGUAUGAGUGGUUAUUUGUUGUGGUGUAUGGGUGGUUAUUUGUUGUGGUGGAUGGGUGGUUAUUUGUUGUGGUGUAUGGGUGUUUAUUUGUUGUGGUGUAUGGGUCAUUAUUUGUUGUGGUGUAUGAGUGGUUAUUUGUUGUGAUAUAUGGGUGGUUAUUUGUUAUGGUGUAUGAGUGGUUAUGUGUUGUGGUGUAUGGGUAGUUAUUUGUUGUGGUGUUUGGGUGGUUAUUUGUUGUGGCAGUUUUCCAUUUAAAGCAGAACUGUCACCUCCCCUUGAAAAAUUACUUUUUGACAAAGAUAGAAUUUACAGUCAAGAGAUAUACUGAGACAAAGGACUACUUUCUAUGUAUAUUUCCUACGCUUAGCACUUCUAGACACUGGUCAUAGUUACCGUCUUCUAGAAGUGUCAAUUCCCACAGCCAUCACCAAUGAUUGCUGCAAGGAAUUGCCUUUAUCUAUGGAGGAUCCCGCAGUCUCGCAGGAUCCUCCAUAGACCUCAAUGCUGUACUGUCGUUCAUGCAGUGACGUUGGUUCCUGGCGCUUAAAUGCCAGGAGCUGAUUAGGAUGUGCUGGAGGAAGAUGGCUGUGUCCAUGAGGGACAAGAUUAGGUAAGAACAUGCCUUUACUUACCCCCCCCCCGACCACCAGAUUACCAGCAGCAAAGUCAUCUGUCAUCGUUGAAGUUCUAUGCAAAUUCUGCAAAGUCCCCCAGAUAGUGACAGUGCUGCUUUAAUAAAUAUGGUGAGAAAUGUUGCCAGUCACGGCAAGGGUGCAUAAUAGACAUGUGCAAUUUGUUUUGGUCCGAAUGUGAAUUCGGACGAAUUUCGGGCAAUUCGGACAUUCGGGUACUUCCGAAUGUCUGAAUAGCGUAGUGCUGAAUUGCCGAGGUCCCGAAGUUCCGAAGCACAGUAUUGCCUAAGUACUAAUAUACUUACCCAGUGGAAGAAGAAUGUUAAACUGUAUACAAGUUUAAAUAAAAAGUAUUCAAACACAGGAUUCAGCUGUAAGCAUUUGCAACACUUACAACAAUUAAGUCAAAUACAUUCAUAUAAAAUGUAAGUUACUUAGCCUGUCAAUGGAAUGACAGGAAUGAAUAAGUAGAUAACUCCCUAAUUCCCACGGUAUUAGGGAGCUAUCUACUAUAAGGCUGAAAGAUCUGAAUUGGUCUUUCAGACAAAUUUACUAAUACUAAGUAAAGAUUACUUAGUAUUAGUAAAUUAUGCCCCUACUCGCUAUACCGCGAGUAGGAGCAUGUCUAUUAAACAGUGAGCAGCCUGUGGCUGCUCACUGAAAAAAAAAACAAAAACAAAAAAAACCACGUCCCCCCUCCCAAGCCCCCACCCAUGCCGUGUGAGUGGGGGCUUCUAACCUGAAGGGGGGGCCUAUUGCCCCCCCUGGCCCCCAACCCUGAACGGCGGGUGGGGGCCCUAAAGUAAAAUAAUGGGGAGACAUAUUGUCCUCCCCCGGCCCCCACCCAUGAGCUGCGGGUGGGGGCCCUAAAGUAAAAUAAUGGGGGGGGACCUAUUGUCCUCCCCCCCGGCCCCCACCCGUAAGUGGCGGGUGGGAGCCCUAAAUCAGAAUAAAGGGGGGACCUAAUGUCCUUCCCCUGGCCUCCACCCCUGAGUGGUGGGUGGGGGCCCUAAAUACCAAUGAGGGGGGGGACCUAAUGUCCUCCCCCCUGGCUCCCACCCCUGAGCAGUGGGUGGGGGCCAUAAAUUAGAAUGAGGGGGGCCUUGAGCGGUGGGUGGGGGCCCUAAAUUAGAAUGAGGGGGGGACCUGUCUUCCCCCCUGGCCCCCACCAUUGAGCGGUGGGUGGGGGCCCUAAAUUAGAAUGGGGGGGACCUAAUGGCCUCCCCCUGGCCUCCACCCCUGAGCGGUGGGUGGGGGCCCUAAAUACAAAUUAGGGGGGACCUAAUGUCCUCCCCGUGGCCCCCACCCCUGGGGGCAGGUGGGGGCCCUAAAUAAAAACAUUUUUACAGGUACUUAGUUAAAUGGUCCCCCCUCAUUAUUUUUAGGGUGAGGGGGGUAGGUAGGGGUUAGUUUUUUGGGGGAGGGGGGUGACUAGAUGUUUGGGGACCCCUAGUUACCUGGGGGGAGGGGGGUUCAUUUUUCACUUAGGGCCCCCACCCGCCGCUCAGGUGUGGGGCCACGGGGGAGGACAUUAGGCCCCCCCAUCAUUCUAAUUUAGGGCCCCCACGCACCACUCAGGGGUGGGGGCCAGGGGAAGGACAUUAGGUCCCCCCCUAAUUAGUAUUUAGGGCCCCCACCCACCGCUCAGGGGUGGGGGCCAGGGGGUAGGACAUUAGGUCCCCCCCUCAUUCUAAUUUAGGGCCUCCACCCUCCGCUCAGGGGUGGGGGCCAGGGGGAGGACAUUAGGUCCCUUCUUAUUCUAAUUUAGGGCCCCAACCUGCCGCUCAGGGGUGGGGGCCGGGGGGGCAAUAGGUCCUCCCCUUAUUCUAAUUUAGAGCCCCCAUCCGCCGCUCAGGGGUGGGGGCAGAAUGGUCAGAUGACAGAAUGGGUAAUGUAAAUUGCAUAGAAAUGUGAAAAGGGAAAGAUGUAUCCUGUGAUUAAUCAAGGGCUCUGCAAGGUGUGAGACUCUACACUUAAAAAGCCUGAAUGUCUGGCUUCAGCCAUAUGACUUGUACUUCUUAAUUGAUGAGUCAAUCUCUUUGAUAUCUUAAUGGCCAUUAGCCUUGUACCACUAUCAUAUCCAAAAUAAUAAAAAAAAAGUUAAUAUUUACCCACAGAAUAAUAAUUAAGCCUCUUUUCUGUUAUAUUGGAAAUGUGACAAGCGCCAUCUUCUAAACAAACCCAAACAUGUUUGGCAUAACUUAACCAUAGGGGAAGGGAUUGUGAUGUCUACUAUAUUGGGUCGCAAGUAAGGAGGCGUGUGACAUAUCUAUGGAAUGGAAAAAUAAUGACAAAUUCGUAGAUGCAAUUAUUAUUUCUGUGGCAGGUACAUAAGAGAAGAUAGAACCAAAUGUUUCCAUUUGGAUUGAUGUGUGUCUGGACACAAGAAGGUGGUCACUUAGUGUCUCUAUAGAUACCCCUUAACUCCACCUCUGGGUGAGGCAUGGUAAUCCACAGGGUAUUGGUCUCGUCACACACUGUGACUAUCUCUAGUGAUACUGAAGUGUGCCUUGUACUUGCUUGAGGGGCCAGAAUCUAAUUCUAAGUGAGUCACCAUCUUUCCUACCAGAGACCCCCUGGGGCAAAAGUAUUUAAUUUGAAGAGCUAAGUAAGUGAUUAGGACUUUCUGUUAUUUUAUCCCUUUUGGUUUUUAUCUGUUGUUGGUGUAAAUCAUUUUGAUUGUCAGCUAUAUUUUUGUAUGCACUGUGUAACGGCACCCCCAGGCAUAAAAGGGGUUAAAAGCCGUUUAUGAGAUAUUCCCUUCCCAGAUAUACAGGCAGCUACUAAAGACACCAAGCCGCCGAAAAGGAAACCAUAUGAAUGCCGUAAACAGCCGAAUAGGAAAAACCAUACGAAUAGGUUUACACUCCUAGCAGUCGAACUGGAACAGCAUACAAUAAAUCCCCCCAAGAACGAGACAAGGCUCUGUUUUGAGGGUCAAGCAGGAACAGACAGAGCUGUGGGUUUAUUGUUCUUAUAUAAACAUUCUUACACAUUAGUACCACCCACAGGGUUUUGGAAAACAACCAAUAAACACGUACAAUACACUCAGACACUCCCACACAAAAUCCUCCCCUCUGCCUGUGAUACAAUUACCUUACACAAUGGGUAAUGUAAUUAUCACAGGCAGAGAAAUACAUUUCCACAUUAUUCAUAAUUUUAAAAGUAUGCAUCACAUUCACAUUAAGCACAUGGCAGUAAAAAGACAGUAAAAUACAAUAAAAUACACAAGGUUACAUUUAUUACAUAAAAUACAUACAUGCAACAUAUCCCCAGAUAGCCUAGGUCUGAGCGCACAUUAUUACUGAAUGGCGCUCAGACCACACACAUACAGUUCAAUUGCCAUGGAGCCAAAGUCUUUUAUUACACGAAUAGGCUCCAUUGCAUAGGUAUCCGGGUUAAAUUAGUUAAUUCAGUAAAUCCGAGAAUCUACCGAACGCCAGGGCAGAAAUACGUGAAUAGACCUUUCUGCAUAGGAAAAUAAAGUAUUUAAAUGCCGGUCCAUAGUCAAAAGGCAGCAGACAGGCAACCAGGCUCCUCCAAUGCACGGUGCCGAGAUUGGUCUCGUCACACACUGUGACUAUUUUUUGCUCAUAAUAAAUAUUCCUUUGUUAACUAUUUUUUUUAUCAUAUUUGUGUUUAUUGUUUUUGUCACGAAAAACAGGGGAACAGAAGUAAAAGGGAGAGGGAUAGGGGGUUCCACAAUAAAAUAUACAUACAUACAGUGAUUAUACAGUAAUCAUACACAUUGCAUGGUAGAUUGCGUAAUCAACAGCUUUCUCUCGGGGCAGUAUGCGUUACAGUCCUGUUUGACGCCUACAUUUCUUAUUCUGUUGUGCAUAUCGGUGCAUGUCUACAGAUAGUACUGUUAUGCAAUAUACAUUACAUCGUAUACAUUACAUUGUAUUUGCAGGGUCGCCUCCUAGGGUAUUUACCAUAAAGUAACUCUGUUCUGGUGCCUAUAUAUGUUUGACUCGUAACAUGUUUAUUGCUUGGCCCACAUUGGUCAACGUGUGUGGAGUAUGGGGGGACUUAGGGUAGGGAGUGAACUCAACUUAACAGAAACUUGUACUGGAACUUGAGCUUGAUCUCGAGCUAGGACCAUUGAGAAAUGCAUUGGGAACUACAGUGGCUAUGCUGACCUCGGUUUUGUGUCGUUAUUUUUAUUAUUGCUGUCAUCAUUGUUAUCGGGCCUGGCCCGUUAUGUAGUGCUCGUCCUUCGGUAUGUGAGCCAGUCCUGCCACACCACCUCAUGUUGUUGUGCUUUCCCCUUCAGACCCAUAGCCAUGUUUUCGUAUAGACAGACUUUAUCUAAUCUCUUUGAGAUCUCUUCUAUCGAGGGGAUAGCUUUGUCCUUCCAAUGGUAUGCUAUAGCCAUUUUAGUGACUGUGAGAAGGUUUACAAUUAAUGGGGUGUGGUGCUUCUGAUGUAACAUUGGCAACAUAUGUAGUAAGUAACUUUCAGGCGUCAAUGGUAUGGUAAAUAGGGUUAGUUUGUUUACCAGUGUUUGUACACUUAGCCACAGAGGCUGAAUGUCUUGGCAUUCCCAGAAGACAUGGAUCAGUGUACCCUGGGCUUUUUCGCACCUCCAGCAUAAAGAGGAGACUGUACUGUACAUUUUGGCUAAUCUAUGUGGCACCAUGUACCAUCUCAUUGUGAUUUUGCUGUAUGCUUCCCACAUGGAGAUGCUACUAGAUGCCUUCUUGGUGUUAGCUAUGGCCUUGUGCCAUUGUUGUAUCGCGAAUUCCCUACCGAUAUCUCUUUCCCAUUGAGUCAUGUAAUGAAGUUUAAGUGGGGUAGCCGCUUCCCAGAGGGCAUUGUAGCAUAGUGCCAGGGGCUUGAUGUGGCGAGCAGUCAACAGGUGUUGUGUGUUGUGAGCUGUAAGCCUCUGUGUGGGCUCUGUGGCUUGUAAGUUGGUCUGUAAGAUGUUCUUGACCCUUAAGUAUAGGAACAAGUCUCGGGGGGGGGAGGGAGAAUUCUGCCUGUAGAGUUGGGAACGGUUUUACUGCGGUCUUGUCAAGAAUGUUUUCCACCCUCAGGACACCUUUUGCCAGCCACUUAUGGACUUCUAGGUUCGGGGAGUGGAUUUGUAGCGCUGUGAUAGGGGACAACCUUAACAGUUCCCUUGGGUCUAGUAUCUUCGAGGCCCAAUUUCUCCAGGCCUGUAGAAGUGUCCUUGUGCAUUGUAAGGUCGAUUUCUUGGUAAGGGUUGGGGCGCCUACCCACAGAGCUUGGGUUAUUCGUGCCGGGUGGAUACAGGCGUCCUCAAAGGAGAGCCAGAUUGGGGUUGGUGUUUCCUCGGAAGCUCUGAGAAGUCUUAGGCCUUGGGCUAAUAGGGAGGCUUGAUAAUAGAACUGUACAUCAGGGAGGCCCAGCCCUCCUCUAGUGAAGUGGAGGCCCAAAGUUUUAUUUCUAAUUCGUGGGGGUUUCCGUUUCCAGACGUGCGCGUUUAUAACAGAUUGGAGUCUUUUAAGGAGGCGGACUGGCAGGGAUAUUGGGAUAGUUCUGAACAGGUAGAUUAUGUGCGGAAGAACCAUCAUCUUAACCGUGUUGAUGCGUCCUAGCCAGGAAAUCUCUAGGUCUUCCCAUUUUGUUACCUGUGUUACAAGUUUGUGUAUCAGGGGAAUGUGGUUUUCUUUUAUCAGUGUAUGUGUUGAUUUAGUAAGUUUGAUCCCUAGAUAGGAGAGUGACUUUUUCCUCCAGUCGAACGUGUAUGUGCGCUCAAGUUUUGUCGUAAGGGUGUGUGGUAGUAGUAUUGGGAGAGCUUGUGUUUUUGCGGUAUUGUUUUUGUAGAAGGAUACUGCGCUGUAUGUGUCAAGAAUUUUUUGCAGCUGUGGUAUAGAGUGCUCUGGCUUUGUGAGGUACAGGAGGAUAUCGUCGGCAAACAGUGCCAGUUUCUGUUCGCCUCGCGGAGUAGCUAUGCCCUGGAUUCCUCUUGAUUGUUUUAUAUGCCUUAUGAGGGGCUCUAGGCAAAGGAUAAAUAUGAGCGGGGAAAGAGGGCAGCCCUGUCGUGUGCCGUUUCGGAUGUCUAGUGGGGUCGAUAGAAAGCCGGUGCUAAAAAUUUUAGCUGAGGGUUCUUGGUACAGAGCUAAAAUGCUGGCCAAGAACCCUUGGGGGAUGCCCAUUCGGGCGAGUGUUAAUGUCAUAUACUUCCAGUUCAGACGAUCGAACGCUUUUUCAGCGUCGAGCGCUAAAAGGAUUCCCCCUUGCUGUGUGGAGUGGGCCCAUUCUAUGAGGUUGAUGAAGUGUCUAGUAUUGUCGCCUACUUGCUUGCCUGGGACAAAUCCUGCCUGUUCCUCGGAGAUCAGAGUCGGGAACAAGGGUUUAAGUCUGUUUGCAAGCAGUUUAGCAUACAGCUUGAUAUCUGCAUUGAGUAAGGAAAUAGGCCUUAGGUUCGCGCAGAUCGUCGGGGAUUUGUUUGGUUUGGGUAGGGUGACUAUAAACGCUUCCAGCAUUUCCCUAGGGAUUUGCCCAGUUUGUUUGAUAUAAUUGAAGAGUUUGGUGAUGUGCGGAAGUAGUGUGGUGCCUAGUUUGUGAUAGUAGUAGUUGGAUAGCCCAUCCGGGCCAGGCGAUUUGUGUUUAGGUAAGCUGGCUAUCGUGUUGGCCACUUCUUCGCAAGUGAACGGGGCUUCUAAUAGCUCCUGUUGUGGUCUGGUUAUGGAUGGGAUGUGUGUAGUGUUCAGAAAGCGGGUGAUUUCUUCUUCAGACGGUUGGUGAGUUUGGGGGUCCCUGUCAAGCUGGUAUAGGGAGGCAUAGAAGGAGGCCAAUUCCUCCACAAUAUGGUGUGGGUUGUAUAGUUUGUCCCCCGUUUUGGAAAGUAUGUACGGUAUUUUCGUGUGUAAGUAUUGCUUCUUCAGUUUCCUAGCAAGUGCUUUGCCUGCCUUGUUUCCCGUAGUGUAGUGGUAUUGUUUUAGGUAGCGCAAAUGCUUCUCUGUUGUGGCGAUUUCAAGGUUAUGUAAGUCAGUUCUGAGUCGUUGUAUCUGCUUGUGUGUCGUUUUAUGAGGUGAGGUUUUGUGUUGGGACUCUAAUGCGGCGAGUUUUGCGAGGAUUUCAUCCUUCGCUGUGUUGUGUUGUUUUUUCGCCCUGGCUCCCGCCUGUAUCAGAGCUCCUCGCAUAACUGCCUUGUGUGCUAGCCAUUGAAUUGUGAUGGGCGUGGUGCAGGAUUCGUGUAGUGAAAAGAAGUCAGUUAGUUGGGUUAGGAUGGAUGAGUAGGUGUUGGGGCGGUCCAGAAGAGCCUCAUUGAGGCGCCAGGAUCCUGUGCCACGGGCCGGGUACGGAACCCGAAGGGUCACCGUGAGCGGCGCGUGGUCGGACCAUGUGAUAGGGCCUAUUGCGACUGCCAUGAUGUGUGUCAGUGUGGUUUUAUCCGUGAUGCAUAGAUCUAUCCUGGAGUGUGUCAUGUGCACCGGGGAGUAAUAUGUGUAAUCUUUGGUUCUCGGAUAGAGACAGCGCCAUGAGUCGUAUAGGUCUUGUGUAAAUAGUAGUCGACUUAGGUGUCGCCCCAGUGUAAGUGAUGCCCCUUUUGGACCUCUGUUCUGUGUGCGUUGAAUGUCUAGGUGGGGAUCCGGAGUACAAUUGAAGUCUCCACAUAUAAUGACAUGUCCUUUCUUAUGUUUCGCUACCUGUUUUAAUGCUUUUGUGAGAAAUGCUGUUUGGUUCUCGUUGGGGGCGUAUAGUGAAGCAAUCGUUAUUAGUAUGCCAUUUAGUGUGCCAACUAAAAUAAGUAGCCGGCCGUCUCGUCCUGUAUGUUGGUGGUUUGGUGUGAACGCCCAGUCGUCGUGAAAGUAUAUGGAAACCCCUUUUGAUUUUGUUGGGGAGUGUGCAUGAUAUGCUUGGGAAUAGUGCCGGACUACAAAUCUUGGGGGGUUGCGAGUGCAGAAGUGUGUCUCUUGCAGACAGGCUAUGGCCGCCCCAGAGGUUUGGAUGUCGCGUGCCGCCAACCUCCUUUUAUGGGGGCUAUUAAGGCCUUUCACGUUCAGGGAGAAAAGGGUCAUAGUAUUAGGUGUCCCCAUGGCUAGAUUUGUGUGUGUCCACUGUAUUGGAGGUCCCUAGUGGGAUUCGCUUUGACAUUAGGGGUGAAUAGGUGUCCUGCAGUAGUGUGCUAGUGCUCUGGGGUCUCCCUCCCCUCUCUAACUCUGCUCCCUCCUGACGGGUAGUGUGGUCCUGUGGAGCAUAGUUCAGUACAGUGAUUCCAGAUAACAUAAUAAACAUAUACAUAAACAUAGAAAACAAAUAAAGUAUAUACAUAAUUUCCCUACUAGAUAGGGAUGUCAGUGUGAUUGGGGCGACCUCCCUGCGAAAUGCUUGGGAGGCAAGCCCAACAGGGGGAUUAAAGAUAACCUACGUGGUUCGGCCAGAACCGGGACCCCUUAAGUGUGCGAUCGUACAUAGCUUACAUUAUACAGACAGCCUUGUAUACGUUACUGUUAUAUGAGAGCAUCCCGCCCUCUCAAUUAAGUAGUUAUGUGUACUUUUUUUUUGUUUGUUUUAUUUAUUUAUUUAUUUUUUUUAUUUUUUUUUUUUCUGUUUUGUUUUUGUGUGCCCUUUGUGAGCCCUCCCUCCCAUCAGCUGUGAGACUCACUAAACAUAAGUGCCUUGAAACAAUUAUGAAUUGGAGCCAUAUACAUUACGCAGCGUUAUGGUCUUCUUCAGCGUCCAUUUUCUUUCCGUCUUGGCAGGCGGUCAGUUUCGUGGAGGGGCAGAGGGUUGUGUGAGGAGAGUUCAUUUGUCUCUUCUUGGCGAUCCCGCCAUGUGCCAUUCGGUUGUGAUUUUCCUUUGCGGUUUCGGAGCUUGCGCUUGCUGGUCCGGCGACUGGAAAAGUCCCCAUUCUCUCAGGAGGCGCAUUCCGUCCUCUGGUUCCUCGACAACGUGGUUUUUGUUGUUCCUCCAAAUGAUAAUUUUAGUGGGAUAGCCCCAGCGGUAUGAGACAUCGUGGUUACGGAGAGUUUUUGUGACCGAGAUGAAUUCCUUCCGACGGCUCAUUGUGAGAGCGGAUAGGUCUGCGUACAGUUGCACCCCCUGGAACGGUUCAGGUAGCGAUGGGAGUUUGCGCGCGGCAUUCAGCAGUGAAUCUUUUGCUGUGUAAUAGUGGAACCUGACCACUACAUCGCGUGGGGUGUCUGCUGUGAAGCGUUGUGGUCUAGGCAGUCGGUGUGCUCGGUCCAGCUGCCACUCCGUAGUGACCCUCUCUGGCAGCACGGCUUGGCAUAAGCCUUUAAUGUAGUCGGGCAGAGCCUCAUGUGUGACGUUGUCAGGGAUGCCUCUAAACCUGACAUUAUUGCGCCUAGAGCGAUCCUCUAUGUCCGCCAUUUUCCUCUUUAGCUGCUUGUGUUCCUCACUGAGAGCUUGUAAUUUAGCCUCCAUGUCAGUGUGAGCUGAACAUAUUUCGUCUGUGCGGACUUCCAGUCUGUCUGUUCUGUCUCCUAGCUCAGACAAGUCCUGUUUAAAAUCUGUCACCAUUGUCUGGAAGUCUGCAUGCAAGGUAGCCCUGAGCUCUUGUAGCAUGGUAUAGAGACUUCUCUCACUCACCGGGUUGUCUGUGUAGCGACCUGUGGGGUCUCCUGUGUCUGGCUGAUCUUCAGCACUGGAGGCCGUCGCCAUGCUGCCGUCGCCAUCUUGGCUGGAGCGGAGGCGGUCUUUUUUAGCGGACCUGAUCGGGUCCGUAAUUUUCAGCUGCUUGGAGGGCGCCAUGUGAUCUCCCGUUGCUCGAUGGGGUGCUGCAGGGCCGGGAUUCGUGAGUCAGUCACGGCUGUCUAUGCUGUUGGGGUCCGUCGGCCUGGGAGCUCUCACUCCAUGCGCCUUUCCCGGUCGGCCGUUAGCCACGCCCCCCCCUUUGUUAACUAUUAACUUCUGCCUUUGUCUGGUAAAGAAUCACGUUACCUGAAGAAACUAGUUAGUAUUUUGCAAUUACAUAGCUAUUGUGCUAAGUUACAUCUGGUUGGUUUUUGUCACUGAUUUACCAGGGGUACCAAGGCACCCCAUUUAUAAAUUGUCUUGGGGGUGGCAGCAUUAAAAUAGUAAUAGUUAUAUUAUUAUGUUUAAGUGUGGGUGGUGUAAAAAGGGGGAUAUUGUCAUUAUUUCCGGUCUAGUGCAGACAAAUAGUGAACUUCACCACCCCUUCACCACCACAACUAUGUCACGCACACUCUUGAAGUGUGUUCGUGACAAUACCCUCUAAAGAAUUUUCCAGAACUGUCUUAUGGGGCAAAUUAUCUAUUUUCUGUAUAUGAGAAUAUGUCUGAGGGAACGGGGCAGGGCAUAUUAGGAGGUCAUAUUUAAUGUGGUGUACCUCGGUAAUGCUGAAAGGAAAUACAGUGACUUUUCUUUUAUAUCAUUCAUCUUAUGCUGGUAAAUUCUAUUUCUCUUUGUAGUAUGGUUAUCUGUAAAUUUAACGAGUAUCUGCUUUGAAUGCUUUACUUAUCAGAUUAAUUUAGGUGCUUACUGUCUCGUUUGCAAUUUGCUUUUGUGAUAUAGAAAGCUGGCGAAGAUGUAGAGGUAGUUCUCUUGGGAAAUAAGUGUGACAAGGAAGACGAACGCAAGGUUUCAAAAGAAAGAGGAGAAAAGGUAAGCAUUGAUUAUCUCAGCAUCUCAGAGUAUUUGAGUUAGCUGGGUACACUGCAUAUGUAAAGCAUCCGACCAUGCAGCU